AUGCCUCUUGUAGAUAUGAAACUCAUGCCAGAUGGGCAACUGCUAAGCGCUGUAUCUGCGAAGGAGGGCAGAAAACCCACAGCCAGGCAAGACAGCGAUGGCGUCUCCAGCUCUAAGCCUCGGAAGGAAAUCCAAGGGACAAUCUGGCUACUGCUGGUGGAGCUGUGCGAAAAGUUCACUUUCUUUGGCAUCGUCUGCAACAUGAUCCUUUUCUGCACUAUCAAGCUUGGCUAUCCCAACCACCAGGCAGCCACGAUCAAUCUCUGCUUUGUAGGCGCCUGCAUGGUGGCUCCGCUUCUGAUGGGCUGGCUUGCCCAGUGCCUGGUGGGACGGAGCAAACUGGCGUAUAUCUGUGCGUUUCUGCAUUUCGUAGGUAGGUAUCUGGUAGCGCCACUUCCCAGGGAUGGGGAUGAAAUCAGACACAGUUAGCAUUCCAAGGCGAACCUACCCAAUUUGGGCUUUCUGCAAACAAUACGCAAACCGAAACAAGGCCGUUUCUCUAAAUUUGCACAUCUCCGAAUUUUGCAAUUUUGCAAGGCAGUUCUGCAGCUAAUGUCUGCUAAAUGCAUGCGCUUGGGUAUAUUGUGUUUAAAAGAUGUAAGUGGAAAUAACAUGCAACAAUGCGUUGUAUAGGGAGCAUCGCUUUGCAAAGGUAUGUAUAUUAGGGGGAAUUGCAUACAGUCGUGUGUAUUAGAAGACUUAAACUGAAAUGCUGAUGAAUUUUCAUGAGGACUUUUUUUAAAAAAAGACAAUCACUGUUGUGAUUUCCAUUGUUGUAGAACUUAAGAAUGAACUUAAGAAUGGAAAAUAUUCUCCAAUCCCUGCGACUUGAUUGGGGUACUUUAUUUGUUUUCUUUGAUUGCCAUUUAUGCAGAUGAUGGAUUCCCAAACUAUUUUGGGUGGUUCUGGACAAAAACGGCUGUGCAGCAAUAAAGCACCUUCUGCCAUGGAUGUAGCAUGCGCUGCAACUGUGGCUGUGUGCACAGUAUACAUUUAAAGCACAUCUGACGCACAUUUUCUUCCUCAAAGAAUUAUGGGAAUUGUAACUCUGUGGUGUGUGGGUGUGAACGUGUGUGAACUACAGUGCCCAGAAUCCUUUGAGGGAAAGAACGUAUAUCUUAUUGUUGGCAUCCUUCUGUCUUGGGAGGCAAUGGAGGAGUGUGCCUUUGGCUGUAGAGACCGAUAUGGGAGAGACAUGUUUUGUUGCAGCAGAGGCAGAUGAAGGCAUCUGGUUGUGCUACUGCAGAUGCACCAUGACAUUUCUUCUCUCUGCACUGCGUCCAGUGGUCAUUCCUCCUCUGGUCACUGCUGUGGAUACACGACCUGACUGCCUGUCUCCAGGCAUUGCAGUCAUCUGCAAGGGAUUCCCCCACGGCAGGGUUGAUGUCGCGUUUGUAGAUACCUGAACCGGGAAGGGUGGGGUAUAAAUAAAAAUUUAUUAUUAUUAUUAUUACCUUUGUAACGUAGAGUUGGACACGGGUGGUGCUGUGGGUUAAACCACAGAGCCUAGGACUUGUUGAUCAGAAGGUCAGCGGUUCGAAUCCCCGCAAUGGGGUGAGCUCCCGUUGCUCGGUCCUUGCUCCUGCCAACUUAGCAGUUCGAAAGCACGUCAAAGUGCAAGUAGAUAAAUAGGUACCGCUCCAGUGGGAAGGUAAACGACGUUUCCGUGCACUGCUCUGGUUCGCCAAAAGCGGCUUAGUCAUGCUGGCCACAUGACCCGGAAGCUGUACGCCGGCUCCCUCAGCCAAUAAAGCGAGAUGAGCGCCGCAACCCCAGAGUCGGCCACGACUGGACCUAAUGGUCAGGGGUCCCUUUACCUUUACCUUUUAACGUAGAGUUGAUGUGCCAAUAGGGCUGGUGACUGAAACCAGCUCCUUGUAGAGCACAUCCUUGGAGAUCCCUCCAUCUUCCAUUCUGUGGACAAGACCAAGCCAGUGUAGAUGUCGCUGAGACAGGAGUGUGAACUUGCUGGAAAUGUGGGCUUGGAAGAGCACAUAUGCUUUAAAGGUAUAAUAGUGUGUGCACAGCCUGGUAGUCCUUUCGAUGAUGCUGGUGGGGGCAGAAAGAGAAUUGGCAACUCCUUUUGGGUGUUUAACACGGUCUGGUUACACAACUGUCCCCCUAUUUUUAAAAAAAAAUGUCAUAAGGAAUACUUUCAUUUCUUAGUUACCCUUUCAUCCUGCCCUUCUCACACACACCGCCUUUCAUGUUGCAGGUACAGCCCUGCUACCUGUCGUCGCCUUCCCCUUUGAAGAUUUUUUCAUAGAUAAGCACUACGUCCUCCACACCUUGGCUAGAAGAGAGCAGCAGGUCCUCUUUUACGUGGGGCUGUCGGCCACCUGCCUUGGCUCAGGAGGAAUAAGAGCCAUCGUGUGCCCCUUGAGCGUUUACGACCUUGAUGCAUUCAGAGAAAAGGAGCUUCUGUCAUUUUUCAACUGGUCAGUGCUUGCUGCUGUUGCAAUUGGGAGAAGAGUGGUGGGGAAGGGGUGUCGCUUUGAAAGAUCUCGGUAACUGAUGAAAUAUCCUGACUCCAAUGUUGCUGGACUCCAACUCCCAUCAGCCUCAGUCAGCAUGAUCAGGGAGCAGGGAUGAUGGGAGUUGUAGUCCAACCACUUCUGCAGGGACACAGCCCAUGUGUUUUAAAUCCUUAUUCCCUCCAUUGUGCUUGAGGUGUUCCUGUGUGAGACUGCCCCACUGGAAGGCUGCCAGUUUUAAAAUCUCCACCGAACAAUUGUUGACAGGGAUAUUGGGUUGGCUGUUGAGCACUGGGGUUUUUUAGUGUUUAGCUUUGCAUCAAGGUUGGCCCUUAUAUGCAACAUCCCUGCUCAGAGGGUCCAUACUUCUCAGUUACCAGAUGCUAAUGGCAAAUGACUGGGGAUGACCAUCCUUUUCAUAUCCUCCUUGUAAGUUCCCAGAGGCACGUGGCCAUCUUGGCUCCACUGUGUACCCAGCAUGCACCAGGUGCAUUCUUGCAUUCCUAGUACAGUGGUACCUCGGUUUACGAACUUAAUCCAUUCCGGAAGUCCAUUCUUAAACAGAAACCGCUCUUAAACCGGGGCGCGCUUUCCCUAAUGAGGCCUCCCGCCGCCGGUGCCCUUCCACCAUUCGGAUUCCAUUCUUAGACCGAGGUAAAGUUCUCAAACUAGGACACUAUUUCUGCUUUUCCGGAGUUUGUAAACCGAAUUGUUCUUAAACAGGACUGUUCUUAAACUGAGGUACUACUGUAUAUUCCCUUCAGCAAACAUUCUGGAAAAUCCAGGGAAUACGUAGUGGCUUACUAGCUUCUCCUAGGUCUCGUCUUGAUCCCAAGGUAGUGUGAGGAGUCCAGAAACAUCUGAAAUGCCACAGUUUCCCCACAAAACAACAACAAACAAACCUGUGGUCAUGUAAAGCAGUUACCACAGCUACUACUAUGCUAUAAGAUCCAUUGUCUUGUAAUAUCACAUAUGUGCUUUAACUACUGAAGAAGCCCAGGAUGGUGAAACAAGGCCAAUAUUCCGGAAAUCCUUGUCUAGACUCUGUGAAAGGAUUUUCUGGAACUGUAACAACCUGUCAUGUGAAUUGUUUGGACUUCAUGAACAGACAGGUGGAAUAGACACCAUUACAUGGAUGGACCUUAUGCAUGAAUUGACUAAAGAAUGAUCUGAUCCACUGGGUCUUCUGCUUUGUUCGUUUGUUGAACUUUAUGAGUUACUUCUGUUGAAAUUUACAAUUUGAUACAAUGAAUAGCAUAUCUUAUUUAUCUAAGAACACAGCCGGUUACAUCUCAUGUGUUUAUUGAGGACAGUUUCCCCACAAGCAACUCGCUCUACUUUCUCAGAGCAGCCUUCUACCAGUGCAACAUCAGAGAACAUGGCAACAUAACAGCUAAUAAUUCCACAGUUCUUGCAAGCCAAAUUAAUUAUCAUUUAAACAAGCAGAUGUUACUGAAAAGGGAUCAUAACAGAGAUGUGUUGGCAUAGAAAGAUGUGGAAGAGUUGACAUGGUUGUAAGUGGUUAGAGUGAGGACAGGGGUGGCGCUGUGGUCUCCUAACCCUACCUGGAGAUGCCAGGGAUUGAAAUUGGGACCUUCUGCUUGCAAGGCAGAUGUUCUUCCACUGAGCUAUAGACCUGCCCCAAGGGAAGGAAGAACCACCUUUGUUCUGGUGCAGCUCUGGGAAGGCGUGCAUGAGGCAAGGCUACCAUUGUUGUGUUAAGCAAGGAUAGGGAUGCGGGUGGCACUGUGGUCUAAACCGCUGAGCCUCUUGGGCUUGCCAAUCAGAAGGUCGGCAGUUUGAAUCCCGGCAAUGGGGUGAGCUCCUGUUGCUCUGUCCCAGCUCCUGCCAACCUAGCAGUUUGAAAGCACACCAGUGCAAGUAGAUAGAUAGUUACCACUGCGGCAGGAAGGUAAACAGUGUUUCUGUGUGCUCUGGUUUCCAUCACGGUGUCCCGUUGCACCAGUAGCAGUUUAAUCAUGCUGGCCACAUGACCCAGAAAGCUGUCUGUGGACAAACGCCGGUUCUUUCAGCCUGAAAGCGAGAUGGGUGCCGCAACCCCAUAGUCGCCUUUGACUGGACUUAACCGUCUGGGGGUCCUUUACCUUCACCUUUCUUUUUACUAAGAGCUGGACUAAGAGUAGUUUCAAAUCUUCCUCUCAGCCAUUAAGCUCAGUCAUAUCUUCCCAUCUAACCUACCUCACAGGGCUGUUGUGAGGGUAAAGUGAGAUGGGAGUUGGAAAACCACAUACAUCAUCUUCAGCUCCUUAGAGAAAAGCUGGGACAUAAAUGUAAGAAAUAAUUUCAUAGAUAUGAAUGAUCGCAUUGUCGAACACCAGCCAACCUCUUUCUGGGUUAAUAAAUAGUACAGGGAGCCUAGCCGCAAUGACUUACAAACUUUGAAUAGCUCCAUAUAGAUUUCCUGCAGAGGUCAUAAUAAAUGCCUAUUUCUCUGCAUGGCUCUCAUCUGCAUUGAUAUGAAACACAUACAUUUUAGUUACCUCUGAUUAAAAUACUUUCCCAAAGGCGUUACCGUCUGCAUCCCAUUUUUUAAAAACAACAGCAGAGAGCCUUGUGGCACCACGAAGGCUCACAAAUUUAUUAUAACAAAGAGACCAAGUCACAGGAACCCAAUUACAAAGCAUAUUAUUUUUGUAACUGGGUCCCCGAGACUUGGGCUUUCUGUUAUUUUCAUUUGGGGACCCCCUCUUUUGUUUUCUUGUAACAAAUUUAUCCUAACAUAAGUUUCACAGCAGUUUCACAGCUGAGUUCAUCAACACAUACACACACGGCUGGGAGGAAGGAACUGUAAGCAGUGGAGUCAGAGCGAAAUAAAAUUCAGAAAAGUACAUAUACUGAUAAUUGCAUGAUUGAACUAUGGCCAUUCACAAAACAGUUGUUGGCCACACAGGUGUCCUGGCAUUGGCAAGUCAAUUGAUAUCUAUAGGGUAAUGAAAAUUGCUUAUCUCUAUUCACUAAUACCACUGAACUUUUUAAUAUUGAUAAUUUAAUUAUCAGUAGAAAUAUAUUGGCUUUCUUCCAUUGUCGGACAGUUUUCUAAGUAUAUUUUCAGUGCUUCCAUAAACACCCCCUCCUCCCCAAUUAUAUUGAUAUCUCCGUCACUGGAUUAAAUCCAAACAUUCUUAAAUAUUGCAGCUUUGCAGAAGGUAGCAAGAUGGUUUGGUUCCUCUGAGGAAAUUCCUUCUCCUUGACCUACCCGAAGGAGAGAAUAAGGAAGCAAAAAAAAAAAAAUCUUCCCUUUUGAAAUAAAUAAAUAAAAUUCCAGGUUUUAAUCCUUAAUUAGCAACAUCAUUUUGAUUAAAUAAGACUCUGGAGAAUUAAGUCUGAAGACCAAUCUGAGCGAUAGCUCAAGAGAAUUUAUUGUACUGCAGUCCUAGUAAUUCAGAGGAGCCUUUUUCUCUCUCCUUUUUUCUUUUUUGUUUAAUCAAAGUGACACUUUCUGGUGUUGAUUACAAAGGGAAAGAUUAAUGCAUAUAAAAUGUACCCUUGGGGUAAACCGAGUGGGGCGGCGCUUGGGGCUUUUGCUGGGCAAAGGAAGGCAGGUAAUAAAAAGCUAAUUUCUCCGGCACUGUGUGGUUUGAAGAAAGGACACAUGGCUCCGAUCUUAAAUCUAGCAUAAUGAAGUUUAGUCUUUGGCCUCUUCAUUGUAAGUGCACGUAAUUAUAGCUCAGGCCUUCUUUUUACUUGAUAGCCGGUCAUAAGGAUGUGUCUAAUUUAGCUAUAUGCUUUGAGAAGAUAAUUCACUGGCAAUGCAGGCCUUUACGUUGACCAUCAAUUCUGCAUCCAGAGUGUUGUCUGCCUUUACGAUCACCAAGUCAAGGAGAAAGGAGGCGAUGAGCAUCCACACCGCAGUUUGUUCCAUUUUCCCAACGCCUCUCUAACUGUUAAUUUCUGCAUUGUGUUUGAGCCAAAAGCCACUUUCAGAAAACUAUGGGGGUGUAAAUGCGCCUUUAGAGCUCAUUUCUGUGUUACCUGAUUCCAGAAAAAUCCAUUGGCUGCUCUCUUAACCCAGAAAACUGCAGGGGUAAAGUGGUGAAAUUUCGGGUGGUAGAUUGGCAUGCAGUUCUUUCCUUCUGUUUUCAUGGGGUAGUAGUAGCAUUAUCCAAUGAUAUUUGCUGUUGUGCCACACCGUGCUCACUGAUGCAAUUGAAAUGGAGCACAACAUGCUGGUAUAGGAAACUCCCCAUUUACACAGGGGUUACGUUCCGAGGCACCGUGCAUUUAUGUGAAAUUUCAUAUACAGUGGUACCUCAGGUUACAUAUGCUUCAGGUUACAGACGCUUCAGGUUACAGACUCCGCUAACCCAGAAAUAGUACCUCGGGUUAAGAACUUUACCUCAGGAUUAGAACAGAAACCGCACGGCGGCAGCGGGAAGCUCCAUUAGCUAAAGUGGUGCUUCACGUUAAGAACAGACCUCUGGAACGAAUUAAGUACUUUACCCGAGGUACCACUAUAUUUAAAACACCAUUGGAAAAGCCUGAAACACUCUAAACCUCUGGAAACCUUGGAAACCCCUUUUAAAAACCAGCAGCACUUCCCAAACACCAAACUCUAUCAUAAUCGCUCCCUCCAAAUCUCCUUGCUCAAACUCCAACUCUCCACAGGCCUCAAUGGUCGGUGCAAGGGAUCCUGAGAUUGCACUUGCAAAGGCUCGUGCAAUUACUAGGUGCUGUUUUCAUGCUUUUUUGCCCUUUCUGGACUCUUUUGGGGCUGUUUUUGCCAUUUUUUAAGUCACUUCUGGGUUUGAUGCGAUGCACAGGUGCGCGGUCAUGCGUCAAUUGGGCGCAUGUCAAUUGGUCAUUGCCUGUAUAUCAGUCAAAACCCCACAGUUCCAUAGCACAAAAUGUGCUGCAAUGUGAAAGCAACGUUAGAAAACAGGACAGAAGCACAAGCCUUACAGUGGUACCUUGGGUUAAGAACUUAAUUCGUUCUGGAGGUCCGUUCUUAACCUGAAACUGUUCUUAACCUGAGGUACCACUUUAGCUAAUGGGGCCUCCCACUGCCGCCACGCCGCCAGAGCACGAUUUCUGUUCUCAUCCUGAAGCAAAGUUCUUAACCCGAGGUACUAUUUCUGGGUUAGCGGAGUCUGUAACCUGAAGUGUCUGUAACCUGAAGCAUCUGUAACCUGAGGUACCACUGUAUAAGCAGAAAAAAAACUAUGCAAUAUUCUCCACGUCUGAAUGCACCCAUAGGCAAUCUGCACUUUAGAAGCUUAAAACGCAGUGCGAUUGUGUUUGUCUGCCACCUUUCACAUUGCAUUUGCUGGGUGGAGCCAGGGAUGUCUUCACCUGAUGUGCAUUACCUUUUUGGUUUCCCCGCACCUGCAACCCCCUUCAAACACCUGUUCAUGAAGUUGUCAUUGUCUGAGCAUGUGUAAUGGCUGUCUCAAAUGACACACCUCAGUUUAGCUGAAAAGCGAAAACUGUAAUAGCAAAAUAAAAAAAUCAAUCUUUUGAAUUGUCAAGCACAUUGCUAAAUUAAUGCUUAUGGAAACUGAAGGUGCUAAGCAUUAUCUUAAAGGGGGGUGUUUCUCCCUUCUCCCUCUCUGAAAAGGAAAGCAUGCUUCUGGCUGUGUUUCCCACCCCCCUUUUAAAAAAAGAGUUGAGUCAUUGUUGCUGCAUCAAGGAUUCCAACCACUCCGAGCAAACCUUGGGCUUUGAAUCCUAUAUCAUUGUCUUCAGGUUAAUUUUUAGCUGUUGGAAGACUUGCUUAGCAAUGUCAUGCUUAUAUAUUGUUGAAAAAGUUUCUAACCCACCCUUCAACUGAGAAGUCUCCUGCUCUGGCUUUUGAAUGGCCAAUAAAAACAAGUCAGUCCCUGCUCUCAGGCUAGCAAUCUUAAAGACGCAAUGAAAGAACUAAGCAGCAUUAUAAGUAAUUGGUACAAUACAGUACUCCUUGUUCUUCUCCCUGUUCAGUAGUAAGAAACUACGCAGCUGCCACACUCCUUGACAGCAGUCUCAGCAGAUAUAUGGAAUGCGUGAAAAUUGUAUGAUCUUUGUAGAGUUCUGUUGAUUAUUAUUUUUAAUGCCUCCCCGUUUUCCCUUCUUUUUAGCUCGUGUCCUAUGUUUGUACUCCUUGUUUGAACUAUGAUACAUUAGUUAUCUAUAUUAUUUAUAUUUACUUUCCAUCAAAAUGUGAUUCACCCGAUUAUGUUUUAUUGUUUUCUAAACCAUGGGGGAAAUUAAUAGAGAGUAUUUAAAAAACAAAACAGUAAAGGUGAAACUAGAUAUAGUGGUACCUUGGGUUAAGAACUUAAUUCGUUCUGGAGGUCCGUUCUUAACCUGAAACUGUUCUUAACCUGAGGUACCACUUUAGCUAAUGGGGCUUCCUGCCGCCACUGCGCGAUUUCUGUUCUCAUCCUGAAGCAAAGUUUUUAACCCGAGGUACUAUUUCUGGGUUAGCGGAGUCUGUAACCUGAAGCAUCUGUAACCCAAGGUACCACUGUAUUCUGAAAAACACAGGGCUGUUAUUGAAGGCAGUAGUCCUCUGCCCUAUGCUGCCUUCUCUCACCUGUAACAUGGGGUAUUGAUAUUGAUUUAGGGUGGAAUUCAUUCUUUCUGUUCCAGUCAUUCUUUCUGUGCAAUCAUUCUAGACAGAACAAUACCCCCUUUGCUUCCCCCUGCAUGCUGUCCUGGGAAUUCCCCCGACCCCUUUACCCAAUUUUGGGGAGUGCAAGUAGGCACAUGAGUGAAGGAGAGGGAGGAACACCCUCUUGCAGGGCUUCUGCUGACAGAACCGGUUGGGUCGAUCUCACCCAUAGGGUGGCAUUCAAGUAAGUCCUGCUUAGAGUAGGCCCCUUGGAAUUAAUGACUCUAAGUUAGUCAUGCCCAUCAGCUUCAGUGGGUUUGCUCUGAGCAGGAUUUAUGUUGAAUACCACCCAUCACGACAAAUUGGAUGGAUGAAAGAAAGUACCCUCAGAACCAUUUGUUUUUUCAUUUAAGCAUGGAAGUACAAGUGCAAUUGGACGAGAUUUGAAUCAGGUAACUAAAGUACUUUCGACCAUUAGGAAAACCAAAUUUCACGUUGUGCAGCGGAGAGGGAAUCCUAUGUAUUGGUUGCAUCUAUGAUAAAAUCUCACCAAACAGCAUGGAAUUUUUCAGGAUCCUCCAAGCCUACGGCAACAUGUAAUUUAUGAGUUGCUUUUUCAGCUAGCACUGAACUCCGUAUAUUUUAUACCACAACGAGAGUCACAAGUCCCGUAAGGUUUUCCAUUUUUCCAUAAUUUUAACGUAUGUAAUUCAUUGUCCCAAGUUCUGGUGAUGGCCACCAGAACAGUUUGUUUUGAACUGGGUGUGUGUGAAGAGAUUUUUCAUCCCAAGGGCCACAUUCCCUCGUAGAGAACUUUAUGGGGGCCGUGUUCCAGUGAUGGAGAGGGCCAGAGGCAAGAGUGGACAGGGAUGUGACUCAGUUUUUGCACAGUUGGUUACAUUUCAUCCAAUCAAAACUAAUAGGUUUCUACACUCGCAGGGUGAUGUUAAACUACAUUUUUUCUCAGAGUAGUCCAUUGAAAUGAAUGGACAUGACUUAGACUGUGUUCACACCCCUGCCUACUGUGUACUCACGUUUCCAAAAUGCAUACGUAUCCUGUGCUUUGUUGCAGAAUACUGUUGUUUGCUGCAUUGUUCCUCAAACCAGUUUCCUGACAGUUGGAGUCCGUAAGCCAUUCCUAGUAAAUCUCUAGUCAAGGUGUGGUGUGCCCCCUGGGGUAAACAGAAACGAAUGAAGCCAGGUUGGUGUGAACAGCUAGGUGUCGGAAGAGCUGUGAAAUGCACCGGAAAAACAACUUCUCUGCACUCUGAGGGGGGACGCACCCUGAGUCGUGUUCAUUAAUUUCAGUCGGUCUAUUCUGCAUAAGCUGCCAUUGACCACCACCCACCCACAUCCGGGCAAGUGGGAGGCAUGAUCAGAACAUGCCUUCUAUUAUUUCACAUUUGUGGAGAGGGGAAGAUGUACAGAAAAGAGGGUGCCUCUUUUUUUACAUUAUGUGUGGGUAGGUGUAAUGUCUUGUUGUUGUUUAGUCAUUUAGUCGUGUCCGACUCUUCAUGACCCCAUGGACCAGAGCACGCCAGGCACUCCUGUCUUCCACUGCCUACCGCAGUUUGGUCAAACUCAUGCUGGUAGCUUCAAAAACACUGUCCAACCAUCUUGUCCUCUGUCAUCCCCUUCUCCUUGUGCCCUCCAUCUUUCCCAACAUCAGGGUCUUUUCCAGGGAGUCUUCUCUUCUCAUGAGGUGGCCAAAGUAUUGGAGCCUCAGCUUCACGAUCUGUCCUUCCAGUGAGCACUCAGGGCUAAUUUCCUUAAGAAUGGAUGUGUUUGAUCUUCUUGCAGUCCGUGGUACUCUCAAGAGUCUCCUCCAGCACCAUAAUUCAAAAGCAUCAAUUCUUUGGCGAUCAGCCUUCUUUAUGGUCCAGCUCUCACUUCCAUACAUCACUACUGGGAAAACCAUAGCUUUAACUAUACGGACCUUUGUCGGCAAGGUGAUGUCUCUGCUUUUUAAGAUGCUGUCUAGGUUUGUCUUCGCUUUGCUCCCAAGAAGCAGGCGUCUUUUAAUUUCAUGACUGCUGUCACCAUCUGCAGUGAUCAUGGAGCCCAAGAAAGUAAAAUCUCUCACUGCCUCCAUUUCUUCCCCUUCUAUUUGCCAGGAGGUGAUGGGACCAGUGGCCAUGGUCUUAUUCCGUCUUAAAUUACCCCUGAUGACAAUGGAUUUAUUUAUUGGGUUUAUAUCCCCUCCUUUUUCUCCAUGGGUCCCAAAGUGCCUUGUAUGACUCCCACCCAUCUCAUUUAACUCCCACAACAACCCUGUGAGGUAGAUUAGGCUGAGAGGGUGUAACUGGCCCAAGGCCACCCAGUGCACUUCACAGCCAAGUGGGGAUUUGAACCCGACCCCCCACCACAUCCUAGUCCAACACUCUAACCAUGGCACCACAAUGGCUCUAAAUUGAGUAUGCAAGAGUCUCUUCAUUUCUGUGAGCGAAGUCAGAACUGUUACUCAUCCUUGUUCCUUGUGGCAAACCUGAGCCAUCUUCAAGCCAAACGAGAUAAGCUCACAUGGCUGAUUUUCAAUACAAAUGUGUGCCUCUGCGUACGUGUGUUUAAUGGGAGCCGAAAUGGUCCUAAGUAAAUAAACAGCGUUGACAUUUUCAGAGCUUCCGAUGGUGACCUUGGGGAAACUCCGUUUCCUGGUGCUCCCGACAUUUUGAUACCACCCUGACAGCCGCCAAAGGGUUCUCGGUAGUGUUAAAUUUACUCAAAUUGGGUCUGUCAUUGUUUUCUCCCCCUUUGGCUGCCUGCUGUCUGUAUUCCGCCAGGCUCUCUGUGCGGAUGUUCUGCUCUGCUCUGACUCAUCCGCUGUCAUUCUUUGCUCUAACAAGAUGAAAGAUGAUUUUGCUCAAAGUUAAAGCCAACCUGGGGAUUCUUAUGGUCUCUCUGGGCUUCCAACUUGUAAAGGUUCUGCCCUGACCUUUUGGAGUCCUUAAAUAACUCUUGAUCUCAAAUUACUGAGUGGGGGAGGGAAGCUUCAGAAUUAUGGCUGUCAGUAUGAUUAAAGAAAUCUUAGUUGAUUAAUUAUAUGAAUUUUAAUUGACUGAUUAUUGGACGAAAGCAAUAUGAACUUCCAUAGGAACAAAAAGAUUGUUUUGGAGGAAGGAAAGCUUACUUUCUUUGUAGCUAUGUCAGAGAUGUUAAGAGGCAUUCUCUUCUAUGUGGGGGAAAGGGGAUGCCUCUUCUUCAGAUGGCAAUUGUCACUUGCAAUUAUUGUAUUUAAACACUUAUUUAAAAAAGCACCAGUGCUUGAUUUUUUAAACUGGGGCACCUUUUUAACUGGUUGAUUGACUAAACAUUGCAGCAGAUCAGCAUAUUUUCCCUCUAAUAGCAAACUCUGGUGGUUGGGUGUCUGACUGUUUGGAUGGGAAAACAACCUCCACAAAUUGUAGGAGUUUCUGUUGAGAGAUUCACGAGAUACAUAGAAAUCAAUCUAUCUAUCUAUCAUCUAUCUAUCUGUAAAUAUUGAAAAAUAUAUUUCUUUGGUAGGUUCUCCCUUUUUCAUUGCAUAUGCAUCCCAUAUCGCCUGCAUGAUUUCAAACAAUGAAGGCGGAUGAAGAAUGUCAGAGAGUAGGGGACGGUUGGCUCUGUUUUUAAAGUGUUGAGAUGAAUUCUAAAUUAGUAGGAUCAUCUUAUAGGUAGCGGGUGUUGCAGUUAGUGUUAUCAUAUCAUUACUGUAAAAUAAAUUGGAUGUGACAGUGAAUUAGAAGCUGCAAUAGAUUAUGCUAUUAGUUGGGGGGGGGUUAUUGUGUGAUUUGGUGAUGCCAAUAAAUAUUUGACUUCAAUGCACAUGGAAUUGUUUUCUUCAACACUUCUGUGACUCUUUGGCCAAACCAUUCAGUUUCCUGGUUAUAAACAGAGAAGAUACAUGAAAACAGCCAACCAGGGAAGGGAACACAGAGGCACUUCUCAAUGCCCAUGCACACACAAAAAUGGAGUACACUUCUAAGAUCUUGAAAUAACAAAAUUCCAUCUGAUCUUCUAGGAUGGUCUUUGUUGAUUAACGGGAGUAUUUUGGUGUAGCUUGGGAGUUGUUGCCUUUAAAUAUGGAAAAGAAGGCACAGGACAUUACCAAAAAUGGACCUGAUUUUCCCCAAAACUAUAGUCCAGGAAGAAUGUAAUUUUAAAACAAACUGAUAUCUUCUGAUGAAUAGUGGUUCUUCUUCACACCCCUCCAAAAAUGACUCUUGUGGACAUUUCUUUUCUUUUCUCCUGUAGGUUUUAUUGGCUGGAAAAUUUAAGUUCUGCCAUUGUCUUGGUCAUCAUUUCAUACAUCCAGCAGUCAGUGGCCAAAAACCUUGGCUUCCUUAUCCCCUUUGUGUCUGUCCUGAUGGCGCUGAUCACCAUCCAUAUGGCGCGCAGUGAAAUGAUUUACCAGCCCCCAAAAGGUAACUCAGUAAAUUACGUGAAGAAUCCUUGGUGGUGGUGGUUAAAUUUGGGGUGCGGGAGAGAAAGAAAAUCUUCGUAGUUCUAAAAAUUGCAGGUUGAAAUCUAUUUAAUUUGUACUCAGGGGUGUCCAAAAGCAUAUAUUCCAGUGUGGUAUAUUAUUGCCAGGGUGCGUAUUGCAGUCUGGCAUAUCAAGGCCACCUGGGAAAGUCCUGGAGGCCCUGAGUAUUGCCAUUAGCUUAAGAUGGUAUCUACAUUACAGUCCAGAGUUUGAAGGGCAGUCUGUCAGUUUACAUUUACUUGGUGCUGAAAGUAUUGAUCUGGUGUGUAUAGAUUUUUCCUAUUCUAAUUGAUUCAAGAGGGUUCUGGAAGCUUCUCUGUGUGAAAGAAACAAGCAGAAGGUUCAUGAUGUUUGGGUUAUUCCUUCAGAGAAGCUGAGUACAGCUGGCUUAAACUGGUUCUGUUAUCUCUUCUGUCAAGGUCUUGCUGACUAUAAAAGUAAAACCAGAAGGAGCCUCAGUUUCACUUUCACUUUCUAUCUCUUUUCCUUCUGGUGUGGUGUUCUGUACAAAGUAUGCUUAGUGUUGAUGUUUAGACUUUUUAUAAGUUAUUGUAGGUUUAAGUUAAGUCUGCUGCAACUGGAUUUCUUAUGGACAGUGCCAAUCCUGAAUGUAUUGGAUUUGUGACCAUUAAGCUCAUUUGCCUUCAGUAGCAGUAAAGCUCUGCUGGAUGAAAUAUUAACUGCCUCUGGUCUAUUUUUGGAGAAUCUUGCAAUGUGUUUAAGUUUUUACUCUGCUAACUAUACAUUGGAGUUCUGCUCUGGCUCAAUAUUGAGUAGAAUUUCAUAACACAGUCUGGUCCAAGUCCAGUUCAAAGAUAAAGAAACCUAACAAUGGAGGGAGGACAUGGACAAUUGACUAAGUAGGGCUGCAGGCCACCUAGUCACAGUGUGACAAUGCAUGCUGGGCUUCCAACCAGCCACUCUGGUGGUGUCAUCAGUGGAAGCAGGGCUGGCUCAAGAUGUUUUGCUGCCCGAGGUGAAGGACAAGAUGGCACCCUUCCAUAAGGCAUGUACAGAAGCCAAGUUGAAUUGUAGUUGAACCUUACUCUGAUACUGGUGAAAGGAGAGUAUCUUCCACUGUACUUCUGGGCAGUAGGGUAGGGGUAUUUCUGUCCCUUCCCUGCACCUCAGCAUCUGCCACCUGAGGCAGCCUCAGUCUGCCUCAUUGUAGGGCCGGCCUUAAGUGGAAGUGGUGCUGGACUGACCGGGUUUAUUACCAGCCUGCUUCCAAUCCAUUUAAUAUCAUUAUAUCUGCCUUUACCUUUUGGCUGCCUUUGCUGUUUGCAUUCUGGGAUGACAGAGAAGGCAGUAAGAACUUCUAUGGCAGAACAGGCCCUUAAGUCUGUGUAUUGUGUUGUUUUGACUGCCGGCAAGUAUGCUAAUGUCUUGGCGUUCUUCCCCAUAUUUGCUUAAAAAUAAAUCUUGUUAAUUUCUGUUAAUUUUUCAAGACAGCAAAUAGAGUAUAUCUUGGCCACUAAGAACAGGACAAGACUUUCUUGAGAAAACACCACUCGUUUCUUCCCACCCCCUUGGUUACCUUCAAUCUGGUAUUUUGUUAUAUAUAGCAGAUGAAAUGAGCAGUUUCGAUUCUGCUGCUAACAAAGGUGCCUGUGUUUCUUCCAACCAGAAUGGGGCAUAUAGGAAAGAGAUAUUGGAGGUUUAUUGUAGCAAACAAACAGCACUGUGCCAAAAAAAUUAAAAUUAAAAUAAACCUUGCACAUUUUAUUUCAACCAUUCUUCAUAAACUUAUGAGAACAGAAAUUGCAUUGGAAAAAUUAUGAAAGAGGGGAACAAAUUUCGGUGCAACUUUCAUAGGCAAGUAUGGCUGUCUUCAGAAACACUCCCAUUGGAUGGGUGGGAAUGACAUGUGCAGUUGUUUACCACAAUGCCUAUGGCCAAACCUCACAUCUGUAGCCAAUAAAGUUGUGGCCUUAUUUGAUCCCAAACCAAUAUGCCGUGUGUUGUCUAGUUAUUUGCACCUUAGGGAACAGGGUGGUCACGGGGCCUUGAUACCCAAAUGGUCAUAGUGUAGUUCAUCUUUAAAAAUGAGUUGUUUAAGAUCAGCCUGCGGAGUUGUAGCGGCACUGGGAUUUAAGUUUCCUAGGUUUGCAUUCAGCACUACGUCCUCUAGAAUUGCGCUAGUCUUCGUUUUUGCUGCAGUUUGGUUUGCACUUUUUUUGUUGCUGGCAUUCUUCUCCUGCUUCACUGUUUCCCUUUUAGGAGGCAGCUUGAGUGCUGCCUGGUUAGCUCCUUUCCCCCCUCUUCUUAAUAGCUGAGUUUAUAACCUUAUUUUGGCUUCUUCCAAUCAGAUGAGUCGUCUGGAAUUCUUCCCCCAAGUCAAUAAUUCAAGUCCAUAGGUGACCUUAAAGAAAUGAUUGCAUUUUAUUUUAAGGUAGCUUUUCUCUCCCUUUCCAAAUGUGGGCCAUGCAUAUGUCAAGCAGGGAUUUCAUUUGCAUUUCUUCACCUAGCUGUAAUUUUGACAAUUGGCAGUUGACCAAAGAUUGGGAGAAGGGGAGGGGAAUCAUCUAGAGAGCCAUGUAGACUUUUUAAGAACCGUAAUUAAGUAAUAUAGAUUAGUUCAAGGUCAGAGGAAUAGAAUACUGGAGCCAAGAUUUUUCAGGAGAAAGAGCGAGAAGAGAGGACUAUCUCUUGCAAAACAUUCUAAUCUUAUCCUGUAAUGUAGCCACCAAAGUCCAACAACUGUGUGUAUAUUUGGGUAGGUAUGUAUUACACAUAUAUACUCGCUACUCCAGAGCCAACUCCAAUUUAUAUAUGGAGCUGUAAAGGUAAAGGACCCCUGGACGGUUAAGUUCAGUCAAAAGCAACUAUGGGGUUGCAGUGCUCAUCUUGCUUUCAGGCCAAGGGAGCCAGCGUUUGUCCACAGACAGCUUUUUGGGUCGUGUGGCCAGCAUGACUAAACCACUUCUGGUGCAAUGGGACACUGUGACGGAAACCAGAGCGCACAGAAACGCCAUUUACCUUCCCGCCACAGUGGUACCUAUUUAUCUACUCGCACUGGUGUGCUUUCAAACUGCUAGGUUGGCAGAAGCUGGGGCAGAGCAAUGGGAGCUCAACCCAUCACACAGAUUCGAACCGCCAACCUUCCAAUCGGCAAGCUCAAGAGACUCAGUGGUUUAGACCAUAGCGCCAUUAUUCGUACAGCUCUUUGCAAGGGUUUGUUAGGGGUCCUUGGUGUUGUCUGGAGACCUCAGCUCCUUCCCAGAGUUGCAAUCUCAGAAAAUGUUGUGAUAAUUUUCCCAGGGGGUUGGGCUUCCAACUCUACAGUUUGAUGAUUCAAUGACUCUGUUGUGGUUCAUUGCCUUCUCUCACUUUUCCAUAGGUAAUGGCCUGUUGACAGUCUGUGGCGUCGUUGCUAAUGCACUGAGAGUAUGCUGUGUAAAAUGCCGCUACUUCAGUGGGGAUGUCACAAACUGGCUAGACCAUGCCAAGGAGAACUACGGCGGCCAGUACAGUGAAACUCAAGUGGAAAGCACAAAAUUGCUUGUCCGUCUCUUCCCUUUCAUUGCCUUCCAAAUCCUCUAUAGGAUAUGUGUUGUACAGGUAAGGGUGUGACUCCUUGUAGCUCUAAAUCCAUUUUUUGAAUUGCAAUCCCAGAGCAGGCAGAUUUAUAAUAUAAUGCAUACCCUCCAACACUCCACAACAAAAAAUGGGAAUGCCAUCUUCCAGGGCCUCACUUCUGUGUGAGUCACAUGACCCACGUGAGAUUGCAACCCCGGAAAAACUUUUUUUUCCAGGCAUGGCACCCAAAAACAUGUGUUUUGAGGUGCCACAUGGGAUUGCGGCCUGGAAAAAGCAUUUUUUCUGGCGUGAGAUCAUGACAUGGUAUUGUGAUACCCCAAAUGGCAGCUAUGCUCUUAUGGGGAAAAACUAGAUUUCUCUGUUUUUCCAGGGCAGUUGAAGGGCAUAACGGCCACUAUAGGUCAUUGUACCACAAGAUCCUGUCAUACUUCAACGCUGUGUCUGAUUCAAUCUAAAACUACUGUUUCGCUCAUGAUCUCGUAAAUUUGAAAGGUGACCACUCACAGCCUUGUAGUUUUGAAAGCGGGCAAUGGCUGUGGUUCUACCAGGAACUAUCCUUGCAGGCUCUUUGUAGAUGCGGCUGGGACUAUGCAGCAGCAGAUUCUGAAGUACAUGGAAGUAUCUUGGAACUGAACUGUUUAGUGCCCCCUGCAGGGAAAUAUGGCUAUAGAAAAAAAGAGGGAAUGGAAUAAUCAAGAAGUUGGAGGGCAUCUUCCUGGUGAAAAAAGGCGAAAAUGCUUGCAACUUUUUAGUACAGAGAAACAAAAGCAGAUACUGAGAUGAUUUUUGGUUUGUAGGAUUAUGGCUGGUGAUAGAGAAAGGAUCCUCCAUCCCUAAUUGUAGAAUUUGGGGUCCUACACUGAGGCAGCCUGGCACUGACUUCAGAACUGAGAAUAGGAUGUUCUUCACACAAUGCAUAAUCUGAAUUUAUAGAAUUCACUUUCGUGGAAGGAGGAGACAGCCCCUUGCUUUGGCAAUCCUUACAAAAAAGUAAAUAAAUUGUGCCUGCUUCAACCAUAGCCUUCUCAUUUCUCCUAUAUCGACCUAGAAUAAAGCAUUCACCUUUAAAAUGGGCAUGGACAAAACAGGGAGAACUGUUCCCCCUAUAAACAGAAGCCGAUUAUGCCAACAAGCAAAUGUUAUGGUCUUUCCCCCUUUUGACGUAGAUACCGUCAGGAUAUUAUCUGCAGGCAAUGAAUUCAAAUUUGAAUCUGAAUGGGUUUCUCUUGCCAGUAGCAGCCAUGAAUGUGAUAAGCAUCCUGCCAUUCUUAAUUCUGGUUCCUGUGCUGGAGUGUCUCAACACUUGUCUCUUUAGUCCUGAAACAAGGGGACGAUUCUCUGCAGUCUGUAUUGGUGAGUACUAAUAUACGCUAAUUUUCAUGUGCAAGAGCUAUUGGUUUUUGUGUUUCUUGGCAGCCAAACAGUAUUUGUAAAUUUAAUGAAUUGUUUUGAGGUAAUGCAGAGGAUCUGUUAACUAAAACGCUUGGGUAUAAUUGAUCGUGGCUUCAUUGAUUCUUACCUUUCCUUGACAGUAUAUCUGUAAGGUGGUGCCUUCAUUAUGAAGCACAUCUUCAGUACCUGAGCAAUGUGUGGUUUUACGCUGGGAAUACAAUUAUUUUGUUCAUUGCAUUUUGCAGUUUUCCUUUCCUCCCAAAGAGAUCUUAAACACCUUGUACCUUCACAACAAUCCUUGCAAGGUAGGCUAGGCUGAGAGAUAAUGGUAUGCCCCAAGCCAUCCAGCAAACUCACAGCUGAGCAGAGAUCUGACAUUUUCUGUGAGCUACAUGGAGAAUUUUGUUGCUGGGCUGCCAAUAUCAGUACUGUAAAUAAAUAAAACUAAAUAUGGGUUUUCCGCAUCUAAGCCCAGUGUUUUGCCACCAGCUUCGUUAAACACCACCUUGCCCUGAAUGAAGAAGUACGGGGGUGGGGGGAACAUCAUCUGAAAAGGGAUCUAUUAACACCUUUCAGGGAAGCAGAAUUGGCGCCAGAGGUCAGACCUUCAUAGACUACGUUGGCAACUCUAUCUUCCAUCCUAUCAGUCCCAAUGGGCAACAGUCAAUAAUGCCAUUCAAGCGUAGUGUAGACGAAAUGGGAGAGGAUGUGAUUGCCACUCCAUACCUCCCCAUCAUUUCUGACAAGAGCUGCCCAAUAGUGAAAUGGGCUCCCUAUGAAGAUGGUGGACUCUCCUUCAUGGAACGUUUGUAAACAGAGGUUGGGUCGCCAUCUGUCUGGGAUUCUUUGGCUGCGAUUCCUGCAUUGUGUGGCGAGUUCCCGCCUCCCCCCAGCAAAACUAAAGACACAAGACAACAUAAUUAAGGUUAAUGGGCUAAAAUUGGCCACAACUUUAUUGGUUACAGGUGAUGAGUGGUAUUGGCCUUAGGCAUUGGUCCUAACGACUAUCCGGCUUCAGUCCGCCAGCCUGAAGGCCGGGAAGGGUUAACACCAGCAGGGGUCACCUGGCCUCCAUAGGCUUCGGACGUGGCCACGCCCCCUGGAGUCCUUUACUGGACUACCCUUCAUUAUCCGGGGGAGGUGAUGGCGCUCCUCCCCCCCCCAUUCAUCUACAUAACAAUACCCCUACCAAUGCCUAACCGCCACUCGAGCGAAGCUCGCCGCCAAUACCCUCAGACCUGCAACCAAACCCUAAUCCCAGCAGAUAUGUCAGCCAGCCAAACAUCAUUUCCCUCAUUGGAAAGAUGUACGCCAUCCUCGCGGUAGAGGGCCACCUUGCUGUAUUGAAUGUUGGGAUGGUCAGUGACUCGUCCCCCCAGCUCUGCCACUCUACAAGCCACCGAGCGUUCCAAUCAUAGAAUCAUAGAAUCAUAGAAUCAUAGAAUCAUAGAAUCAUAGAAUCAUAGAGUUGGAAGAGACCACAAGGGCCAUCGAGUCCAACCCCCUGCCAAGCAGGAAACACCAUCAGAGCACUCCUGACAUAUGGUUGUCAAGCCUCUGCUUAAAGACCUCCAAAGAAGGAGACUCCACCACACUCCUUGGCAGCAAAUUCCACUGUCGAACAGCUCUUACUGUCAGGAAGUUCUUCCUAAUGUUUAGGUGGAAUCUUCUUUCUUGUAGUUUGGAUCCAUUGCUCCGUGUCCGCUUCUCUGGAGCAGCAGAAAACAACCUUUCUCCCUCCUCUAUGUGACAUCCUUUUAUAUAUUUGAACAUGGCUAUCAUAUCACCCCUUAACCUCCUCUUCUCCAGGCUAAACAUGCCCAGCUUCCUUAGCCGUUCCUCAUAAGGCAUCGUUUCCAGGCCUUUGACCAUUUUGGUUGCCCUCCUCUGGACACAUUCCAGUUUGUCAGUGUCCUUCUUGAACUGUGGUGCCCAGAACUGGACACAGUACUCCAGGUGAGGUCUGACCAGAGCAGAAUACAGUGGCACUAUUACUUCCCUUGAUCUAGAUGCUAUACUCCUAUUGAUGAGGCCCAGAAUUGCAUUGGCUUUUUAGCUGCCGCGUCACACUGUUGGCUCAUGUCAAGUUUGUGGUCAACCAAGACUCCUAGAUCCUUUUCACAUGUACUGCUCUCAAGCCAGGUGUCCCCCAUCUUGUAUUUGUGCCUCUCAUUUUUUUGCCCAAGUGCAAUACUUUACAUUUCUCCCUGUUAAAAUUCAUCUUGUUUGUUUUGGCCCAGUUCUCUAAUCUGUCAAGGUCGUUUUGAAGUGUGAUCCUGUCCUCUGGGAUGUUAGCCACCCCUCCCAGUUUGGUGUCAUCUGCAAAUUUGAUCAGGAUGCCCUUGAGUCCAUCAUCCAAGUCGUUGAUAAAGAUGUUGAAUAAGACCGGGCCCAAGACAGAACCCUGUGGCACCCCACUAGUCACUCUUCUCCAGGACGAAGAGGAACCAUUGAUGAGCACCCUUUGGGUUCGGUCAGUCAGCCAGUUACAAAUCCACUGAGUGGUAGCAUAGUCAAGACCGCAUUUUACCAGCUUCUUUACAAGAAUAUCAUGGGGCACCUUGUCAAAUGCCUUGCUGAAAUCAAGGUAGGCUACAUCCACUGCGUUCCCUUCAUCUACCAGGCUUGUAAUUCUGUCAAAAAACGAGAUCAGGUUAGUCUGACAUGACUUGUUUUUCAGAAAUCCAUGCUGACUAUUGGUGAUCACAGCAUUCCUUUCUAGGUGCUCACAGACUGUUUGCUUAAUGAUCUGCUCCAGAAUCUUCCCUGGUAUUGAUGUCAGACUGACUGGGCGAUAAUUAUUUGGGUCCUCUCUUUUCCCCUUUUGAAAAUAGGGACAACAUUUGCCCUCCUCCAGUCUGCCGGGACUUCGCCUGUUCUCCAGGAAUUCUCAAAGAUGACUGCCAAUGGUUCUGAGAUCACAUCUGCCAGUUCUUUUAAUACUCUUGGAUGCAGUUCAUCUGGCCCUGGAGACUUGAAUACAUCUAAACUAGCCAAGUAUUCUUGUACUAUCUCCUUAGUUAUUCUGGGCUGUGUUUCCUCUGCUGAAUCAUUUGCUCCAAAUUCUUCAGGUCGGGCAUUGUUUUCUUUAUCGGCGAAGACUGAGGCAAAGAAGGCAUUGAGGAGUUCAGCCCUUUCUGUGUCCCCUGUUUGCAUUUCACCAUCUUCUCCUCUGAGUGACCCCACUGUUUCUUUGUUCUUCCUUUUGCUACGAACAUACCCAUAAAAGCCUUUUUGUUGCUUUUAACCUCUCUAGCAAGCCUGAGUUCAUUCUGUGCUUUAGCUUUUCUGACUUUGUGUCUACACGUGCUGGCUAUUUGUUUGAAUUCCUCUUUGGUGGUUCCCCCCCUUUUCCAUUUUUUGUACACAUCCUUUUUUAAUCUUAACUCAGUUAAAAGUUCUUUAGAUAGCCACCCUGGCUUCUUUAGGCACCUUCCAUGUUUCCGUCUCAUUGGUAUUGCCUGACGUUGUGCUUUUAGUAUCUCCCUCUUAACAAACUCCCAGCCAUCAUGAACUCCCUUUCCUUUUAGUAUUACUGUCCAUGGGAUCUCACCCAGCACUUCCCUAAGUUUUAUGAAGUCGGCUUUCUUAAAGUCAAGAAAUUGAGUCCUAGUAUGCUUGGCUGCUCCUUUCCGCUGUAUAGUAAACUUCAGAAGAGCAUGAUCACUCGCGCCUAAUGAUCCUUCCACUUCUACCCCACUAACCAGGUCAUCAACAUUGGUUAGGACCAGAUCUAAAAUGGCUGUUCCUCUUGUUGCUUCUCCCACUUUCUGGACAAUGAAGUUGUCUGCAAGACCAGUGAGGAAUCUGUUUGACCUUAUGCUCUUGGCUGAGUUUGACAUCCAACAAAUAUCCGGGUAAUUGAAGUCCCCAAUUACUACUAUCUCCCUUCCUUUUGCAUGCUUGGCCAUCUGUUCCAGGAAGGCAUCAUCUAUGUCCUCCGUUUGGCUUGGGGAUCUAUAGUAAACUCCCACAAUGAGGUCACUGUUAUUCUUCUCUCCUUAAUUUUGACCCAAAUGCUCUCACUUUGGCUUUGAGGUUCUAAAUCUUGGAUCUCUUCACAGGUAUACACAUCCCUGACAUAUAACGCCACUCCUCCUCCUUUCUUGUCUGGUCUGUUUCUCUGAAAUAGAUUGUAUCCCUCCAUUAUUACAUUCCAAUCGUGGGACUUAUCCCACCAGGUUUCAGUGAUGCCUAUUAUGUCAUAUUUAGUUUGCUGUACCAAGAGCUCAAGCUCAUCUUGUUUAUUUCCCAUGCUUUGCGCAUUAGUGUACAGACAUUGAAGUCCAUUAAUCAUUCCCCCGUGUCUCUUAUUUAAGGAUUUUUUCCUCCCACCACUAGGUCUGCGUGCUGUUUGCUCCAUUUGGUCUAUGACAUUUGCAAGAAUCUUUCUGGAUUUGUUUAUAGCAAUAGGGCAUCUGCAAUCCCUCCAAAUGUGCCUUUCCAAUAGUGAUGACCAAAUUAUGACCAGCUUAGGAAAAGAAAUCCUCAAUUCAUCAAAAUCAUUGUAAAUGUUCCACAUUAUGUCCACGCCCUUCCUAUAAGCCAAAUCAUUUUCUCCCAAUUGGAUAACUAAAGCAUCCAGUGGGCCUUCUUUGGCGGCUCUAGCUUUUACUGCCAGCAGGAAUUCUGCCCAACGCAUUCUACAGCGGGUGAUCCAGGAGAUCUCCAAGAUUGGCAGCAAAGAGGACACUCCUCUGCCGUGCUUGCCUUAAAUGUGGCAAGCCACACGCCCUGAGCCAGCCUAUUGGCUGGCCAGGGAAAUGAUGCGGCAGAGGAUCCCCUGUUCGUGCGGGGCUGGGAGCCAGCCUCCGCGCGAGUGUUGGGGGCAUGAAGCCCGCAACACCACCUCCUCCCAAGGUCAGAAGUGGCUUUGCAGAGGGUUGGACUAGAUGACUUUGUGAUUCUAUGAAUUCGAUGAUUCACCAACCCAUUCAUUUAGCUCUUCUUCUCGCAGCCGACUGCUCCACCAGGCGGCAAAUGGAUUGGAUUGGAAACUAUGGAUGUUGGGGGGGGGUGUUCUCAAAAUAAUAUGCUUGUACUGCCUUCCCAGCACUACCAUGUCAUCCACUGAAAGACAUUUGAUCCUACUCCAAAGGUCAUGACAGUCCUUUGCAUGCAAGUUUCACAUUUAGACCUUGCCUAAAGCACCGAAUAUAUUUGCUCCAAUUUGGAACCUUCUGAAUAUUUAGGCGCAGCUGUGUGUUUUGGGAGUGAGAAUAGGAUUCUAUUUGUGGCCUGCUUCCUGGUCUUCAACUGCACUGUUGACCAAGGUUGUUACAGGAAAGAAUCCUCAUCCCAUUCUGUUGAGUUAUGAAGGAGAAGUAUGGAGGGGAAAGAGAUAAUCCGUCAAACUUCAAUCCAAGCAAUGGUCUGGUGAACUAGAGGUGGGGAAAAUGUCUCCAAUACAGAUGCAAUCAAACACCUAUGCAUAGUAUAGGGUAGUGGCAAAGGCACCAAAGUCCCAGGGUCAAAUCCUGCUCCUGCUGCAUGAUCACAAGGUGGCCUUGGGACCAAGACUCAGUUUCAGCUUCCACCAGCACUGUCUGCAAUUUGAGGAUAACAUUGACCUGACUUACAGGUGGAGUUGGGGAUAGAUUCACUUUGAAUUUUAAUAGGAACUUAUCUAACUCCGACUUCUGAAAACAUUGUCCACACUUCUACUCAUCCCACUGCUUUCUCCCAGGGAAAAUCCUCUCUUUACUGCUGACUCGGAACAAUAACAACAGCAAUAAUUUAUUAAUUGUAUCCAACCCUGCUCAUUUGACUGUGCUGCCCCAGCCACUCUGAGCAACCCUGAUGAGCGGACAUCAAUCAUUUUUUUCCAUGGGUUGACAUUUGCUCCGAUCCAGCGGUAAAGAGUAAGGGAAGUGGCAGGGCAAACAGGAAGAUGCAUGGACCCAUGCCUGGAAAGCACUGAACAAGUGGAAAACCUCAAGGACCCCUGCUUUCUAUGUGUAGAUGAGCCCUUAGGCUGGAAUCAAGGUGCUGAUUCUGGUGUAUAAAUCCCUAGACAGCCUGGAGCCUGCAUACCUGAAAGAUCGUCUCACCCCUUAUAUGCAGCUGAUCACUGCAUUCUGCAGGUGAGACCCUCCUGCAAUGCCGGAAAGUCCACUGUGCACAAUGUAGGAAUUGGGCUAACAGUGGAAUUCUCUCCUCUUGAAUAUUAGAUAGGCACCAUCUCUGUUGACUUUUCGACCACCUACUGUGAAGAUCUUCCUCUUCCAACAAGCUUUUAAGUAGAGAUCUUCACCAGUCUGCAUCUGUGCUGCAACUGUUUUUAAGAUGCCACAUCAUUUGUGUGUUUGCCACCCUGGUCUCCUUUGGAAGGAAGCGUGGGACAGAAAUUUAAGAAAUAAAACCAUACCUAUGAAAUAAGAUGAGCCUUCCAAGCACUGGUUUGGACCAUGAACUUGCAUCCUUGCAUUGUCUGACCUAUCUCAAUAAUAAUAAUAAUAAUAAAUUUUUAUUUAUACCCCACUCUUCCCAGUUCAAAAACCAGGCUCAGGGUGGCUAACAACAAAUUUAAAACACAUUGAAACACUUAAUUAUAAAAGCAGCAUAAAAUACAGUAUAAAAACAUGAAUAACAAUAAAAAUCAAAAAUCAAUUAGAUAAUCCCCAGGGCUAGCUGGCUGAAUUGGUCCUGCUUGGGCCAGAGAGGAGGCCAGGGGAGAAUUAGAUGUGGGGUCUCAGAGCGGGUGAUCUUCAUAAAAGGGGAGGGGGAGGGAAGAGAAGAGAAAUAAAAGAUCAGGCUGAAUUCAAAUUAAAGGCCAGGCGGAAUAGCUCUGUCUUACAGGCCUGACAGAAGGAGAUUAAAUCCUGAAAUCCUGUCUCAUGGGACAGAGCAUUCCACCAGGUCGGAGCCAUCACUGAGAAGGCCCUGGCCCUGGUGGAGGAUAGUCUGCCUUCCUUAGGGCCCGGGACCUCUAAACUAUGGUUAUUCAUGGACCUUAAGGUCCUCUGCAGGGCAUACCAGGAGAGGUGGUCCCGUAGAUACGAGGGCUCUAAGCCCUCAUUGAGGUUUCCAACACAGGGAUUCCUUUUGGCCCCUUCAGACCUCAGUGUUAAGAUUCAGUGAACAUAGGGAAGAGAUGCGAAUUUCCUCAUUUCUGCAUGAAUUUAACAACUGAGCUGCUCUUCCCAUCCUGCCUCGCAGUUUAAAACAGACAUGCACACUUAGGAAUUGAUGUUUCCUGUUCUCCUAGUAUUUAAUUCAGGACCCCAAUUGCAUGUGGUGCAGCCAGUGCCAAAAGACAGGAAGUAUUAAUCUGACUAGAAUUAGCCUCAUUAAGUUUGUUGUAAAGCUUUGUGCAAAGUAGAAGCGCAUGGAACAGAAGGUGGCAAUUACUUGGGAUUUUGAAAUAAAACAGUUUCUCCACUGAACCGUAGGAAAGAACGUUCAGAUAGCAGUGAUGGUGGUUCUCCAAGUUGCAGCUUGGAAGUUCUGAAGUCUGAUGAUGCUGCAAAAGUUUGAAAGGUUAAACAUUUCAAAAGGUAUCUGGCGUGGCACUGCGAAAGCUUUUUAGAAAAGAAUGUCUGAGAGGUUAUAGUUAAUGGGCAUAAGAAGAGAAGCUAACCCUGGAAUGCUUUCUUUGGUAUGUAAGUGGAAGAAUCCUGGGCAGGUUGUGGACCUUCGAGAGAAGAUGUGAUGCUCUGUCAAGUUGUCAUGGCUCAGAUGGAAGGAAUCUGGUCCUACCACCCUAUCUGGGUUAUCUUACUGCAGGAACCUUUUUCCCUUUAAGGGCCACAGUCCUUAUUGGGGAGCCCCAUACUUGUGGUGGGUGGAGCCAGAGGAGAAUGUGGGUGAGGCAAUGGAUGUGUACAAUAGGCAAGUAGGUGUGUACAAAUACUUGCACACACCUCUGUCUCUACCUUCCAGUCAGGCAAAAGCCCCCCAAAAGAGGGUCAGGGGCUGGAUCUACUAUGAAACCAAUGAUUCUUAAGACUCCAGACCCUCCAAGUGUCCCUAUUUUCCAGGGACAGUCCCAAAUUUACAGAAGCCGUCCUGGUUUCUGAUUUGAGCCUAGAAUGUCCCACUUUUCCUUACGCUGGCCCUAUUUUCAUCAGAGAAAUGUUGGAGGCUAUGGAAGUGACCCCUGGGCCAAGGAAAUAUGUAACUGUGCAACCUUUAGAAGACAUCUAAAGGCAGCCCUAUAUGAGGAGGUGCCGUGCCACCGUUCCACAAUGCUACAGAGGUGCCGUGAUGCAUCAAAGUGGUGCCAGAACUCAGUUCUGGUGAGUUCUAGGUGGAAAAAAAGUCAUAGAUAGGUAGGUAGGUAGCCAGGUGAAGGUCAGAGGGUGUUUAUCUGUGGAGAUGUGAUGUUUGGGAACAAAGCCAGGAGUGAGGCCCCACUCCUGCUAGCCAUGGGUGGCCUACAUGCAAGUAGACAUGUGACUAGAGUUGCCCUGUUUAAUGAGAAAUGACCUCCUUUUGGAGGCUGAAAAUCUAGGAUUGCAGACAUUCAGUUCUGAGUUUCUAAAAUUUAUCAGAGUACAAAUGGAGUGUGUUCAUUGUCUUCCAGUAUAUCAGGUGCAAUUCCAAAAGCAAGGUAUGGUUUUAUAAAUGAUUCUGUGCCUGCUUUGUGCCUUUUUGUACCCAGUUGUAGGUUACGCAUCUGCCACCCUCUCUGUGAUGGUUGCUGGGUUUUUAGAGGUACACAGGAAGCAUUUCCCUUUGGUGGAACAGACUCUUUCAGGCAAAGUCCUCCUCGUCUCCUCCAUGCCGUGCAUCCAUCUGGCCCCACAAUACAUCUUCCUCGGCUUGGCAGAAGCUCUGGCAACUCCCACCUGUAAGGGGACUCUUUUGUUCCGUUUCCUAGCCUAAAAAGCAACCGGCUUCAGCGCAGGAUGGCAUCUGUUUGAACAGGGACAGCCAAAGCACCUUCCGUCGCAAUCUUCGCCCCUGGCGCUGUUCCACAGCCUCUCUGAGCAGUCUCAUUCAUCACUGGCAUGGAAAGAGUUUAAUUUGUCAUUCUUGUGGUUGCCGCUCGCCGAACAAGUGUUCUUUGCGGUCAUGAGAAAAUCCUUCAUUUACUACCCCCAGUGGGACUUUCCAUCCAUUUAGAGAAAGGCAGGACCUCCCAUGCCAGAGCGGAAAGCAAGUUCAGAGAUGUCACCCCAUGGGGCUCAGCAGCCAAGAAGAUGUCCUUCCCUGGAGUAGUAGUAGAGAGCCAGUGUGGUGUAGUGGUUAAGAGCAGUGGACUCGUAAUCUGGUGAACCGGGUUCGCUUCCCCGCUCCUCCACAUGCAGCUGCUAGGUGACCUUGGGCUGGUUACACUUCUCUGAAGUCUCACAGGCUCACUCACCUCACAGAGUGUUUGUUGUGGGAGAGGAAGGAAAAGGAGAAAUGUUAGCCGCUUUGAGACUUCUUAGGGUAGUGAUAAAGCGGGAUAUCAAAUCCAAACUCUUCUUCUUCUUCUAGUAGUAGUAGUAGUCAUUUAUAUGAUCUGACUGUGUUACCCCAGCCACUCUGGGUGGCUUCCAACAAGUUAAAACGCAGUAAGACAUCAAACAUUAAAAAGCUUCCCUAUACAGGGCUGCCUUCAGACGCUUUCUAAAAGUCAGAUGUUUAUUUCCUUGACAUCUGAUGGGAAGGUGCUCUACAGGGUGGGUGCCACUACCAAGAAGGCCCUCUGCCUGGUUCCCUGUAACUUCACUUCUCACAGUGAAGGAACUGCCAGAAGGCCCUCAAAGCUGGAUCUCAGUGUCAGGGCUGAACGAUGGGAGCAGAGAUGCUCCUUCAGGUAUACAGGGCCAAGGCCAUUUAGGGCUUUAAUGAUCAGCACCAAAACUUUGAAUUGUGCUCAGAAACAUACUAGGAGUCAAUGAAGAUCCUUUAGGAGUGGUAUGAUAAGGUCCCAGCAGCCACUCCCAGUCACCAGUCUAGCUGCCACAUUCUGGAUUAGCUGUAGUUUCUGAGUCAUCUUCAGAGGUAGACCCACGUAGAGUGUAAUAGUUCAGUGUCAAUUUAAGGCUUGACCUGGAGGCUUUUCCUAUGGGUCAGUCUCACACAGCGGCACCCUUAUUGAAUGCUACGGAUUUAACGCAGGAUUAGGGGAACCUGUAGCUCUCCCGGUGCAGUUGGACUACAGCUUCUCUAUCCCUGACAACUGGCCAUGCUGAAUGAGGUUGAUGGGAGCUGGAGUCCAACAGCAUGCAAAGGGCUGCAGGCUCCUCAUUCCUGAUCUUUCUAAGGGCAAAUGGUGGGACAGGUGCCAAGUUAAGAGCUGUCAGGGACUGGCUGGAUCACGAGAAGUGGUGGGAGGCACCAGAACCCCCAAGGGGAACCCCAGAGGACAAAGGUAGGGUUGCCAUAUUUCAGAAUGUGAAAAUCCAGACAGAAAAGUUGUUGAGCUGCUUCUGCAAAAACAUUUUUUAAGGUUUUAGAGCUAUUUUCCCCCAGAAAACCACUUCCAAUCUGGGUUGGCAUAUGUCUGGAUUUAUGUCCAGAUUUCCCCAGACAUUUCAGGGAUGUACUCCCGGACGCAGUUCCCAACAGCCAAAUCCUGCAUAUGUCUGGGAAAUUCUGGACGUAUGGCAACCCUAAGAAAGGCUCAGAGCCCAGGAAUUGAUGGUGGGACACUAGGGAGAAGUAAGAAGGAGAAGAAUGGGAGUAGUUGUUGGAUUCUGAAGGGGCAACAGGAUUUAGUGAGCAGGGAGAGUCUGUGACAGGGAGCAGUUUUGACUCAGAGGCUGAAGCAGUGGAGGAGACAAGAGGCUGCUGAAGAGUAUGGGGAGCCUGCCUCUCCUACUGAGACAAGCUCCCCUCCCCCCUUGUCUCCAGGGAUUUGAAGAGUGAUGCGUAGGAUGGAACAGAGAUUGGAGAUGCCCAGACACAGUUUGAGACUGCUUGGGAAACAUCUGGCAGAGGAGGAGCCUUAAAAGGGGAAGAAGGCAAGGACCGCCAGUCCUGGCAACUGCUCCACAGGACGAGACCUAUUGAGACUGUUGCUGAGUGUAUGGUUGUUGCCUUAAAUUGCCUUUUUCGGCUGACCUGCAUCUGACUCCAGCUGACUGACAAGAGCAAACAAAGGGCCCCCACUCAGAACGAUCCCUGCAUUGCAGUUUUGCCUCUGUCCCCUCCUGAGUACAUGGAGCUUAAUUUACCUUAAGCAAUAUUUGGGCAUUGGAUAUUUGUUUUGAAAUUGGGGAUUUGUUUGCUGCCCUGGGCCCCUUCCAGAGGAAGGGCAGGAUAUAAAUCCAAUACAGUGGACGCUUGGGUUGUGAACGUGAUCCGUGUGGGAUGCAUAUUCGCAACCCACAGCGUUUGCAACCUGCAGCAGCCCGUCUGCACACACGCGGGUUUUGAUUCGGCGCUUCUGCACAUGCGCAAUGUGCAAUUUAGCGCUUCUACGCAUGUGCGACCGCCAAAACCCGGAAGUAACCCGUUCCGGUACUUCCGGGUUUCGGCGGUCCGUAACCUGAAAAAACGCAACCUGAAGCGUCUGUAACCCGAGGUAUGACUGUACAUAAAAUAUUGCUCCCAGCAGGCAGUUGUGAUAAUGCACCAUUGCACCCCAGCCAGAGAUUCACGCCCUACCUAUUUCUUUUCAUUCUUCUUCAAAGGUUCCUUCAUUACAUACAAGUUUGUGCCGGGCAGAAUUCGUGGAGUCGCCUUGCAAGCCUUGACUUUCUUCAAUGGAGCUGGCUGCAUCAUGGAGGCUUUACUUGUUCAAGCAGCUUACGCCGCCUCACAAGGUAAAACAGCCUUUAAGCCGAGUGAAGAUGGGUGCCUUCCUUCCUCCCUCUCUCCCACCCCACCCAGCACUGCUCUCUCAGUAGGGAUUUUUACCCUCUUCCUAUUGGCCAUUGACUUCCAUUAGACGCACAUAACAAAAUCUAGCUGCCAGCAGCGUAUUGAUCUCUUUUUCGUGAUUAAGGUAGGUCACUAAGUUGCAGCCGGAUUCAUCAAAAUGUAAUGAAUCAUUCCUAUUUUGAUAGGUAGAAUAAUUAGUGUGCGUGGCAUUUAUUUAUAUAUUAUACAGGACUUCCUUCUCUUCCACUUGGAAAACGAGCUAGGGAUUCUCAGGUUACACUAGAAUACCAGAGCAGGUUUUCCCCCUCACAUAUGUAUACAAAGGGUAUUUAUUUGCCAAAUAAUUGUUUAAACGAGAGUUGAGCUAAGGAUGAGCAAAAUACCAGAAAUCACAUUCUUUUCUCGGAGCUUCUUAUGAAACCUAAAACUGCCUUGAAGGUGUAUUCAGUCUGGAGAGGUGCAUUAAUUUUACCACUCUUACAUUAUUUUGGAUUCAUUUAUUAUAGACAAUUCUGAUUUAAUUCAUUUCAGUUGCAUUUCUGUGACCAGGGAUGCUAAAGUUGAGAAACUAAGCCAGUCUUUCUUAGCCUGGUGCCUUCCAGAUUGGUGUGAGACAUAGUCCAAAAUAGUAGCAGUAGUCCUAGACUAAAAACUAGGAAGGAUAUUUGCAAAUUCCUAAGUGGAAAGGUUUUGAUAUACACCUCUUAGGCACAGUACCUUCCAGAUGUUCACCAUCCCUGAAUGCUGACUGGGGCUUAUGGGGGGUGAAGUCCAACAAAGUUCCAACAUUUGGAGAGCACCACAGUGGGUACCCCUGUGUUCCUGUGCAUAUUGGAUCUACGCUGCCAAGCAAGUUUUGCACAUCUCUGUAUAGUAAAGGUAAAGGGACCCCUGACCAUUAUGUCCAAUUGUGACCCAACUCAGGGGUUGCGGCGUUCAUCUCGCUUUAUUGGCCGAGGGAGCCAUCGUACAGCUUCCGGUCAUGUAGCCAGCAUGACUAAGCCGCUUCUGGCAAACCAGAGCAGCGCACGGAAAUGCUGUUUACCUUCCCACCAGAGCGGUACCUAUUUAUCUACUUGCACUUUGACGUGCUUUCGAACUGCUAGGUUGGCAGGAGCAGGGACCGAGCAACGGGAGCUCACCCCGUCGCGGGGAUUCAAACCGCCGACCUUAUGAUCGGCAAGUCCUAGGCUCUGUGGUUUAACCCACAGCAUCACCCGCGUCCCUUAUACAUCUCUGAAUAUUGCAAUGCAAUUCCUAGUACUUUAGGUGUAUCAAAAUGCACAUUUAAAUAUGUAUUUUGAGAGGUGGGUUUUUUAACAACAAGAAAAUGCAGCUUAAUGUAGAAACACAAGCUCUAAAAGUGGAGUGGAGAUCUUUACUAAAAAAAGAUGAGCAUUGAUUAAGCAUCGCCAUGGUAUAGUAGGACGGGUGGUGUUAAGAACCUGAGAAGAGCUUGCUGGAUCACUCUUUCAACUUGGUUUAUGUUAAAGUCACUAAUAUUAUGAAGUUGGCAAGGGGUGAGGUCAGUUUGGAGGAUACCCUGAGGGUGCAAACUGGGGCUGACCUUCUGAAGAGAGUCUUGGCGGCUGGAUAGAGAAGCCUGGAGUUCGUACAUUUCAAGAAAUGUAAUCAUAUUUAAAGUAACCAUAUCUACGCUGUAGGAGAUUUCCACCAAUCAUCUGCCAACUUUGACCCUUCCCUUUAACAAGAAGUGUCCAUCGCAUUUCGGUUUAGCAACUUGAGCGUACCCUUGCACAUCUCUUUCAGCUUCACUUGGUUUAUAGCAGGGACGUCCAACUCCCAAGAGACAGCAUAGACAGACGUCUCCUCCCAGGAAAAAAACCUGCCAGUGAUCUACCCAUUGGUGGGGGAGUUGCUGAGCUUUUUUUAGGGGAGCAGGUCAAAGCUGUUGAGAUUUGGGGGCUCACCAACAACACAACUGCUAACAGACGAACGCAGCAGACAACAAAGGAACUCACACUAGACCAGGCUUCCUCAGCCUCGGCCCUCCAGAUGUUUUGAGACUACAAUUCCCAGCAUCCCUGACCACUGGUCCUGCUAGCUAGGGAUCAUGGGAGUUGUAGGCCAAAAACAUCAGGAGGGCCGAGGUUGAGGAAGCCUGCACUAGAUGCAGGGAAUGACCAAGGGGGGAGGAGCCAUGAUUCUAAACAAUGCAAGCGAUAAAGAUCCCAUGAUCAACCACGAUCAUCCGGGGAUCCACCUGUCGAUUGCGGUCGUCUGGUUGGACAGCCCUGGUUUAUAGAAAUUUUGAAAAAGCCACUAACAGCUUUAUAAAGUUGCAUAGCUUUUAGAGGAGCACUGUCUCUUAAACUCUCUGGAUCAUCUUGAGAUGCCAGAGUGGUUCCAGGGAGUUGGGUUGCACUAACAAAGGAGGCGACCCAGAGUUUACCUAUUUUUCACAUGGUGGAAUGUUAGAGGAGGCGAUGCUCUGAGAGUACCAGGUACUGUUUGUAUCAAAUAUCUGUUGACAUGCUAUUAUUUGUUAAAUGUGAAGCAAUUUUUGUGAAACCGCUGCCAGCAUUUGCCUCUUGAAUCACCCAUUUGACCUGGCUCUCUAGCCAACCCUGCAACCUGGCCAUCCACAAAUUUAGGAGGAAAACUGUUAAACUUUUUUCUCUCUCUCUCAAGGCAACAUACUUAUGGUUCUCCCGUUUUAUCUUACCAACCCCCAGUGAGGUAGGAACAGAGGAAUCUGCCUUAUACUGAAUCCACACCAUGGGCCCAUCAGGUCAGAACUGUCAACACUGGCAGGGACUCUUCGAGAUUUCCUGGCCCUACGAGGAUACACCAGGGAUUGAACCUGGGACCUUCAGUUUGCAAAGUGUAUGUGCUACCCUUGAGCAAUGACCUUUCCUCAGCCUAGGGUAGGGUAGGCUGAGAGAGAAAAGGAGGAGGACAGGGAGCCUGGCACUGUCACCCAGUGUGCUUUGCGUCUCUGAGUAAGAAUUUGAACCUGGGUCUUCCUCCUUCUAGUGCAUACCGCUCAACUGUCCCAAUUUAAAUGGGGCACUCCAAAAUUAACUCCAGCUUCUGAUUCUCCCCCCCCCAUUUGUUUAUUUGAUUUUACAUACUCAAAUUUACAAUCAUACCACAACACCUUCCAUAAGUACAAGAUUCCCACGAAUCUCUGGAAUUCCCUCCUCCCCAUCUGUGGGUCCCAUUGUCAAACCUUUUCUACUGCAUCUUUGAUAAUAAUCCAAAUUUUUUAAUAUCUCCAUUGUAUCCAUAGUUCUUGUUACAUUAUAAGUGUUUUUGCGAUCCCGCUAGCAAUUUUAACUGUUUACAGUGGUCUCCAAGGUAACUUGUAAAUUUCCCCUGUUCCUUAUUAAAAUUUUCGUCUUCCUGGUUUUUCCGGUCAUUUUUGCCAUUUCAGCAUAGUCCAACAAUUUGAUCUGCCAUUCUUCUCUGAUAGGGACUUGUCUUCUUUCCACCUCUGGGCUAGCAGCAUCCUAGUUUUAAAUUUUGAUAGGUUUGGGAUCUUAAGGCUGCUCUUAGUUUUGCCAACUCUAUGUAUUCACUUAGCUUACAAAUCCAUUCUUCUUUAGAGGGUAUAGCCUCACUUUCCCAUUUGCUGGCUAAAACUAUUCUAGCUACUGCUGUGGCAUAGAAAAAAAAAUCUUUUCUUAUUCUGCUGGAUAUCACUCCCUAUUAUGCCCAGUGGAUAUGCCUCUGGUUUCCCAGAAUGCUUUUAUUACCUUGCACUUCCACCACAUAUGAUAGAAGGUGCCUUCCUUUUCUUUACAUUUCCAACAGAUCUUUGUACACUCCAGCUUCUGAUUCUUUCCCAGGAUGUCCCAUUUUGGCUACUGCACUCUGACACAAGUCAGCUGGCUCCUGCCAGAGCUUGGGACCAAAAGAAGGGGUGGGCCUCUGUUAAUAAUAAUAAUAAUUAUAAAUUUUAUUUAUACCCCGCCCUCCCCAGCCAAGACCAGGCUAACACCAUAUAUAAAACAAUUGAUUGAAAGACAACUUAAAAAACAAGAUUAAAAUACAGCAUUAAAAUGCAGCCUCAUUUCAGCAGAAACUCUAAAACUUUUUGGGGGGUGAAAACAUCAAGUCUUCACCAAGGCUAACUAUCCAGACUGGUCCUCCGUGGGCCAGAAAAAGGCAGGGAAGUCCCCAAGUAGGAGUUCCGUCACAGAAGGAAAAAGGAAAAAAGAAAGAGGAGGAGGAGAUCAAGUUAAUUCCAAGCCAAAAGCCAAGCUGAACAACUCCAUCUUACAGGCCCUGCGGAAAGAAAUCAGAUCCUGUAGGGCCCUGGUCUCAUGAGACAGAGCGUUCCACCAGGCCGGAGCCACUGUUGAAAAGGCCCUGGCUCUGGUUGAGGCUAAUCUGACUUCCUCAGAGCCCGGGACCACUAGGGUGUUGCUAUUUAUGGAUCUUAAGGUCCUCCGUGGGGCAUACCGGGAGAGGCAGUCCCGUAGGUUGAGCUGUGCAGUGGGAAGGUGGGGUCACUGAGGGGAGUGGAUGUAACUUAGGAGGAAGCAGAGAGGUGUUGGCUGAGGGAGGGUCAUUUAAAGAGUGUUGAGCGGCCCAGCCAUGCUCCGAUUUUCAUAAGCAGGAUGUUGGAGAGUAUGCUAGUGAGACAGUGUAGCUGACCACUGAGGAACACUGUCCCUGGUGUAAGAGUUGUGCCAGGGAAGUGUCCAAAUCAGACCAGGUUAGCAGCUAGUUGUCCUAAGAGCUGCUUCUGCACCAUCCAUUUAAAGCACUGUGAUAUGUUAAACCAGUGAUGGCCAAACUUGGCCCUCCAGCUGUUUUGGGACUACAACUCCCAUCAUCCCUAGCUAAAAGGACCAGCGGUCAGGGAUGAUGGGAAUUGUAGUCCCAAAACAGCUGGAGGGCCAAGUUUGGCCGUCACUGCGUUAAACAGUCAUGGCUUCCCCCAAAGAAUUCUGGGAACUGUAGUUUGUUAAGCCCCUAUUCCUCUUCAAGAGCUACAAUUCCAGAGUUCCUGGGAACUUCUGCAUGCAGAGCAAAUGCUCUCCCACUGAGCUAUGGCUCUCCCCAAGCAGGGGAAAUGUGUUUGGGGCAAGAAGGAUCAGUAACUGCGGGGAAGUGUUGUCUUUGAAUCUGCUUUAUGGCAGGCUUUUUAAAUAUCUGAGAAUUUAUGUCCAACUCCCCGCUCACUUUUCACCUUCUUUUCUUUCCGAUACCUGAUCACUCCCAACUGUUUUCACCCCUCUUCUCCCCCCCCCACCUUUAAAUUAAUUUAUCAUUUUUACUGCUCUCCUCUUUGCUAAAUGUUAAGGUCAAAAAUCUCCCCAAGGUGCCAAGAAAUUGUAAUGCAUCCCCUGCCAGCUGAGGUGGGCGUAGCGAGAGCGGGUGUGUGUUGCAAAUGUUACAUGUUAAGUAAUGUUAAUGCGGUGCCAUUUUGCUGCUCUGCAAAUGUGUCGAGUCACAAGAUCUUUUUCAUUCAUUCAUUCAUUCUUUGAUGCAAUUAAGGAUUCUUAACACCUAUAGGCACUUCAGAGGGGAAAUAAAUUUGAGACAGAGGAGCCGUUUGUGCUUUCAGGUAUUGCAGUACGUGCACCCAUGCCGUUACAGUGCAAUUGUUCAAAUGUUGGGCAUGGACCCAGAAGAACUGGGUUCAAAUCCUCGCUCGGCCAUGAAGCUCAUGAAGUGUUCAGGGGCAAGUCACCAUCUCUUAGGUUAACCUACCUCCCUUUGUUAUUGGAAGAAUAACAUUGCAACCUUCCUAGAGUGUUUUUCUUCCAGCUUGAAUGAGCCCUUGAACUCUGAUAAUGCCUUUUGCUGGCCUGGGUGUAGCAAAGACAGGAGUGUCCUGAGCGCCUGUGUACAAAAUUUACAUGCAUUGCUCUGCCCACUUUUGCCUUUGUCGUCACCCACCACCGGCAUGCGGAACCUGGAAGGUCGCCCAGAAAGGAAUGCAGCCCUCUUUCUUACUUCACGCCUUGUACAGGUCAAGGAGACAUUCAACCAAACAUACAGAGGGAAAACUCUCACAGAACUACAUAACCAGUCAGGGUAUAUAUUACAUCUGUGAAGUUUAUUUCACUGCUGGUUUCUUACCCACACUUCCAUCUGCCUGCCUCCUACCUCGUUGACUUUAACACAAAAAGAAUUAACCCUUGAGCUGCACUUGUAAUAUCUUUGCUGUUGAACUUCUAACACCAAUUAUCUAGUGGAACGGUAGGCUUUCCCUCACUGGAUGUUUUCAGGCAGAGGCAGGAGACCCAUCUGCUGGGGAAUGCACUGGCUUUUCCUGCCUAGAGCAAAGAGUCCUGUUAAUUUAAGUGGCUCUUCAGUGCGACUAACUUUGUUUAUUUCUGAACCAUUGUUGUUGUUGUUGUUGUUUAGUCGUUUAGUCGUGUCCGACUCUUUGUGACCCCAUGGACAGUACGCCAGGCACUUCUGUCUUCCACUGCCUCCCGCAGUAUGGUCAAACUCAUGCUGGUAGCUUCAAGAACACUGUCCAACCAUCUUGUCCUCUGUCGCCCCCUUCUCCUUGUGCCCUCCAUCUUUCCCAACAUCAGGGUCUUUUCCAGGGAGUCUUCUCUUCUCAUGAGGUGGCCAAAGUAUUGGAGCCUCAGCUUCAUGAUCUGUCCUUCCAGUGAGCACUCAGGGAUGAUUUCCUACAGAAUGGAUAGGUUUGAUCUUCUUGCAGUCCAUGGGACUCUCAAGAGUCUCCUCCAGCACCAAUACCUGAACCAUAGUAAACAUAAAUACAUUACUCAUGUUGUUGGUGGGAAAGGACAGGGCUGAGUGAUAAACCAAAGGCCAAUUGAGACUGACCUUUUGGAGCACCACCAACUUUCAACCACCCUCCACUUGCCUGCCUUCUUGCAACCAGUCCAGAGGGUAGCACUGCUUAUAAGCUUCCUCCUCCUUAGUCUCCCUUUUGAUCUUAUAGAAUUCAGCAGGGGAAAGGAUGAGGGGGAAACUAGAAUUACAAUGGCAUUGGCUCUGGCGCCACCUACUGUUCAUCUCCCUACCUUCCACCCUGCCAGUACAAAUGGUCCCCACCCACCAGUGCCAAAGAUUAAUUCAUGCAUUUGUGCAUUACAGUAAGGCUUUCAGUUAACUCUAUGUUGGUUGUCCUGCUACGGAAGGGAUGCUAGCAUAUUGUCAAAUCUCCAAGUCCAUCCAAUGGGUCUAGCACUCUGGUUUGGGGAUUGGAACCCAAAUUUCCCAGAUCCACAAUGGCGCAGAAUUUUGAAGAACUUUCAGACAAGGAUAUUUCAGCCUCAUUUGCAUCCCGUAGCAUCUUGUUAGUCUAGAGUUGCAUUUUUUCUGGCAAAGUGGGUAAGAUAGUCACCCGGCGCCUUAAGUGGCGUUAAUCAUUUUUUAAAAUGUAUCUAUGAAGGAUGGUGUGAAUAUGAUAAAAUAAGACUUCUUGGGAAUUUGAUGAGUGCAAACAGAUGACGGGUGACAGUGAUAUUUCAGUACAAGCUGGGGAAGUGGAUUUCUUAAGGCUCUUUCUACCUCCCUUGACAUUUUAAUGAGACACAUGACAAAACCUAUCCCCCUGUGCUACUUGUUAUGGAGAGAAGUUUUUUUUCUAAAAAGUUGCAGUGCAAAUAUGUACAUUUGGGUUUGGGUUGGAGGUUAAGAGUGAAGGAGACUGCCCUGAACCGGUUCCUUUUUGACUCCAUCUCACCUCGGUUAUAAGAGCCCGAUUACAUUCAUGCUAGGCUGUUGGGAUGCCCCAUACAUGGGGCAGCCUUUAAAGACUGCUCUGAAACUUACACUGGUACCGACUGCAACUGCUUGGGUGCUUGUAGGGACCAGAUGGCAUACCAGGUACAUUUAGGGUUGCCAUAUUUCCGAAAGUUGUUGAGAUUUUUUAGGAAGACCCCAAACACGUUUUUUUGUUUGACUUGCCUAAGAUCCAGGACAAAGCACUACCUUUUGGAAAUUCCCUCCAGACAUCAAUUCCGCCUUUGAAAUCCCAGUAAUGUCUGGGAAAAUCUGGACUUAUGGCAAUCUCUGGACAUACAUUGGCCCCUGCUUGUUUCUGUGUCCAGUUUAAAUUUCAGGGAAAGGUUGCAACUCCAUGGUAGAGAAUCUGCCUUGCAAGCAGAAGGUCCCAGCUUCAAUCUCUAGCUUCUCCAGGUAGGACUGGGAAUGUCCCCUGUCUGAAAUCUGCAGAGCCACUGAGCUAGAUGGACCAAUUGUCUGAGUCAGUAUAAGGCAGCUUACUAUGUUCUGGUGCUGCUGGUAACCUUCAAUGCCCUAGACAGUUUGGGACCAGGUUAUUUGAAGGAUCAGCUACACCCAUAUGAACCUGCCCAGGCAUUACGAUCAAUCUCAGAAGCACUCUGCAUGGGUGUACCAAAAAGAUCCAUCAAAUUAUAGACAAUGCCUUUUCAGUGGUGGCCCCAUAUCGGUAGAAUUCCAUCCCUAUGUGGUCUCUCUAUUUUACUGGGUUUUAAGCGGCUCCCCACUGCUUUUCAUAGAAUCAUAGAGUUGGAAGGGACCACAAGGACCAUCUAGUCCAACCCCCUGCAAUGCAGAAAUCUUUCACCCAAACUGGGACUCAAACCCACAACCCUGAGAUUAAGAGUCUCAUGCUCUACCAACUGAGCUAUCCUCUGGGCUACACCUAAAUAAUAUGUGUAGUGCUGUGUAUUGUGUUAGCUGCUACUGUUUAAAAUCUUUAUAAUGUGUGGAGGGUUUUUUAAAAUGAGAAUAUGAUUAACAUUGUUUUUAUGUUCCAUUUGGGUGUGAGCCACCAUUGAUAGACUUUACAAUGACAGGUAAAUUCUGAAAUAAAAAUAUAGCUAUGUGUGAUGGUGAUCCUCUCAUACAGUCUCCGAUUGAUCCUGGCUACUAGCAUUUUCCUAAAGUGGAAUUACAUGGUUGCUGAAAAGCCAGAUUGGUUAAAAAUGAGAUCAAUAUUUUAAAAGAUGAUGAUUAUUAUUUUGAAAAGAAAACAGAAGGAAAGAGGGGAGAAAGCCAGAUUAAAAACAUUGCCAUCUGACAUUAACGGGAGUCUUGGUUGACCACAAACUUGACAUAAGCCAACAGUGUGACGCGGCAGCUAAAAAAGCCAAUGCAAUUCUGGGCUGCAUCAAUAGGAGUAUAGCAUCUAGAUCAAGGGAAGUAAUAGUGCUACUGUAUUCUGCUCUGGUCAGACCUCACCUGGAGUACUGUGUCCAGUUCUGGGCAUCACAGUUCAAGAAGGACACUGACAAACUGGAACGUGUCCAGAGGAGGGCAACCAAAAUGGUUAAAGGCCUGGAAACGAUGCCUUAUGAGGAACGGCUAAGGGAGCUGGGCAUGUUUAGCCUGGAGAAGAGGAGGUUAAGGGGUGAUAUGAUAGCCAUGUUCAAAUAUAUAAAAGGAUGUCACAUAGAGGAGGGAGAAAGGUUGUUUUCUGCUGCUCCAGAGAAGCGGAUACGGAGCAAUGGAUCCAAACUACAAGAAAGAAGAUUCCACCUAAACAUUAGGAAGAACUUCCUGACAGUAAGAGCUGUUCGACAGUGGAAUUUGCUGCCAAGGAGUGUGGUGGAGUCUCCUUCUUUGGAGGUCUUUCAGCAGAGGCUUGACAACCAUAUGUCAGGAGUGCUCUGAUGGUGUUUCCUGCUUGGCAGGGGGUUGGACUCGAUGGCCCUUGUGGUCUCUUCCAACUCUAUGAUUCUAUGAUUCUAUGAAUAUUCCAUCAAUCCUAACUUAAAAGCCUAGAUUAAUAUAGGAAGUCAAUAUGUCCAAACAUGUCUAAAUUAGAUUGGCAAUUAUAAGCCUUGUAUUCAAAUGUAGAAAGGGCAGUGAGAUCUUCGGAUGACUGAGUAGUGAAUGGGAGGUUAUUUGUCGUUCCAGCUUUGCAGUAUAUGUAUCUUUGCCACCAUAAGGGCAAACAGAAUCUACUUUUGUUGUCCAUCUCUUAGUCCUCACAUUGCAGGGCUAUGAUUUAGGAGUAUGUGAACAUCCACAAAUAUCAAUGAUUCUUCCAGAGCAAAGUUAAUAUGAACAAUAAUUGUUGGCCUUUAGUUGAAUUUAAGAAAACCUUCAAAACUUGAGUCUGGGGUCUGUUUCUGAUAUACACUUCCAAACAUAUGCAUGUCACUUCCGCCCAUAGAGCUGCCUAUUCUUAUAAGCAUUUUAAACAUGUUUCAAAUACUUUUUGUGAGCUCAAAGUGAGUCUGUAACAAACAGGCUUCACAACUUGGUGUGAAGAUUCUGCCACUUUGCUCCACACAUGCCAAGCCCUGGGACUUCUAGUUCCCAUUCCUAAACUUCAGUUUGGGAUGGACUGGGCAUCUAAUUCCAUCCUAUUUUCUUCUUAUUGGAGCUUAAUUUGUUGGGUCUUAUUUGUUCCAGUGCAUUGGAUCUGUUCAUUGUAUCUAUUUUGUGUGCACUAUUUACAUAAGAUAUCCAUGUUUAACAUAAAAUAUACACACUUUUCUAAAAAAAGGAUGCUUCCAUGUACAUUAACGCAAAAUAUGUAUUUUUAAGCAUGACUUUGACGCAUGAAAAAUGCAUUGCAAAAUCUGGAGGAAUGUGUGAUCUGACUGGAAGUUGCCUUCUGAUCCACUAGUAGUUUUGAGAAUGUCAAAUUCAGUCGGUCCACAGCAAAGAGUGGUUCAAACUAUUUCCUCCCUGAUCCCUAUUCUAGCCAGUUUCUGUUGAACUCAACAAAAUGAACUGUGUCUAAGGAUGGGCAAAUCUGUCUAUUUCAAUUCCUCUCUACUUCUCAUUUUUUGAAGUCUUAAAUUCAGCUCUCUGCAUUUCUGCAGCAAUCUUUUUUUAAAAUUAAAAAAAAGAAACACCUUUUGAACAUACAUCAGUGCAAAUUUCACCUAAUGGUCACAUUUUUGUAUGCAGUAUUUCCUAAUGCACACACCUUCCCCCAACAUAAUGCAUUUUUGUUUCUUGUUUUCUGAAUUAUAUGCCUUUUGUUGAUGUUGGAGAACUGUGUCGCAAAAUUCAGAAGUGUGCGAAUUUCAAAGGCUAGCUGUGCUUCGCUUUGCAUAUUGGUUUGAGAAGUGCAACUUAAGUCACUUCUCAUUAAUAUGCAAACAAAAAAUAGAUUUUCCCUCCCACCCAUAAGCUGUAGCACAGGGACCCAUAUAAAACCCUUCCUUGCCGUCAGACACACUUAUUCUCUUCUCGAGUCCUUGCAGCCGCUGGGAUGUGUAAAAUGAAAAGCUGCUUGAUUAUGAAUGAUGGCUCUAAAAGUUUAUAAGCUACUAAAGGGGGAAGUAUAUAGUUCCUAGGUGCUCAGUCAGCUGACAGUGUUAAAUGAUAUGUUUUAAACCUAGCUCUGGGAGUUCGGCUCCGUCUGUUGCAUCUUUGAGGAGUAAGACAAGGGGAGUGGAGGAGGAGGUGCUGCUGUUCUGCUCCCUGACAAAUGAAGGCAGUUUUUGUCUGAGGAACUGAGCCAGAGCAAACUCUGCUGGCGCCCGGCUGGCAACUGACAGCUUAUUCUUGUUGAUCCAGUGGAGGAAAUUGCUUAACAAAGUUGUGUUUGCAGUUGUCCAAGAGAAGGGCAGAAACAUCUCACCCCAUAGGCCCAGCUGCUCUUACACCUUAACUCCCAGUUUGGCCUUUCAAAAAUAUUGGUUGCACUGUUAUAGAAUUGUGGAGUUGUUUGACUGAUAUAUUUGUGUUCCCUCCAAGCCUGUGAUUUUAUUUCUGUAAGAUGUGAGUCUGUAGUAUAAGGAACUGCCUGGUGGUCAAACUAGUCUUUUUGCUAAGUUUAUAACCCUAGUCCAGCCUCUUAAGCAUCCUUUGUACAUGUCUAAAGAGUUGGUAAGAUACUGGGUGUGUUGCCAUAGAAACAACCAGGUAGUGAUGCUUCCAGAAGGACAAGGCAAGCUUGCCCCCUUCCCCUUCACUGAAUGGAAGACACAUCAUGGGGAUUAUCUAGGUUCAUUUGCAGUUGGGAAGAAACAGAGGUUUGAUUUGUGCAGAAACCAAAGCUAUGACUUUGGGAACUCACCCAGAAAUCAAACGAGGCACCAAGAUCUGUUGGAGAGUUUAUGAUGUGAGCUCUCCUGUCUUAUACUUGUGGGCAUGGAGUUGAGGGUAAAACACAUAUCCAUAGACAAGUGUGCGUUAUAACUCCAGCAAAAGAUCCUAAACCUCUCAGCAGUGUGUGUAUCAACAAACAUGAGUGCUGGUUGCACACAUGGGAAUCCAUGUACACACUUGUAACAUGAUGCUCAGCCUGUAUACACAUGUCAAUGAAAUCAUAUAUCACAAAAAAAACCUCCCAGUUUGGCCUUCAUCACGAACUGGUGUGCAAAACUGGUUUGCACGUAUUUUCCAACAAGAGGGGACCCUCCAAAGUCUCUCCCGGCUCUGAAGUCCCUCCACACCUCGCAUGACAAGUGGGGUUGUAUGUACAUAAACAUUGUACACGUUAUGAAAGAGGAAGCCAAAUGGAAGCGCCUCCAAACCUACAAUGAUGCACUGUGUCUACCACAAGUCGUGGAGUGGAAACUCGGUCAUCAUUCCUACCUUUACUGUGCUUGCCACUGCAAAUGUUCCUGUAUAUUGAAGAUGUAAUUUGAUUCUCCAACAUGGUGCCCGUGAGCACCAUGCUGCCCUUGGGACAUGUUCCUUGGCACCUGCUAAUACCUCCCAUGCAUGCUUAGGGGUGCCAGAGAGAAGAUCUUUUCAAAAUAAUUUUUAUUUGAUUUUACAAGUACAAGGUUAUAAAAAUCCAAAUAUAUGUCCAUAUACAGAGAUUCCUCCGAAUCUCACAACUUCCCCCCAUGGGGUCCCAUUUUAAACAUUUACAACUGCAUAUUCUUCCAUACUCUAACUUUUAAAUCACUCCAUAUAAUCCAUGGUAUUUGUUACGCUACAAGUGAAAUGAAAAUCCUGCCAAUGUUUCCGUCUGCUUACAGUGGUCUCUUAGAUAACUUAUAAAUGUUUCCCAUUAUUUUGUAAAGUUUUUAUCUCCUUGGUUCCUGGGUUUUCCUGUCAGCUUUGCCAUUUUGGCACAGUCCAUCAGCUUGAUUUGCCAUUCCUCUCUGGUAGGGACCAUCUCUGGGCAAGAGGAUCUUGUUGUGUGCUCUUUGGUACAUACAUAAAAGCACUUCACAGGAAGCAAAUAGCUAUUCUUAUCAGUGUAUUUUUACUGCCAGAAGAGAGGUGCUUGUGGGAUUUUCUGGACUUGGGUAUUGCAUAUGCAGACCUGGGGGACACCAUUUGCCGCUCCAACUCUGGUAACAAAAUAUCAUAGGUCAGCCACUAGGGCUGGGGUUGAACUGCUUGCUCUGCCCCAUUUAGGUCUUGCUGCCUUCACCUGCCUCCAUCCUAUUCCUGUCCCAUUUCAUGCUGUUCCUUUGUGUCCCACUGUGCAAAUUUUGUGUGCACCAUUUAUGUAUAUGCACUUUUAACACACUUUCCAACACACUCUCCAAUACAAUAUGAUUUUUUAAUGGAUUUUUUUUUUGUGUGUGUGUAACAUAUGUAAAUCUGUGCACACAUCUGGGGCACCAAAAAUGAAGAAGAAGAGUUUGGAUUUGAUAUCCCGCUUUAUCACUACCCUAAGGAGUCUCAAAAUGGCUAACAAUCUCCUUUUCCUUCCUCCCCCACAACAAACACUCUGUGAGGUGAGUGAGGCUGAGAGACUUCAGAGAAGUGUGAAGGUCACCCAGCAGCUGCAUGUGGAGGAGCGGAGACGCGAACCCAGUUCCCCAGAUUACGAGUCUACCGCUCUUAACCACUACACCACAAUUGCUGUAUCCGAUGAGGUCAUAGAGUUGGAAGGGACCUUAAAGGGCAUCUGGCCCAACCCCCAACCCCCCAGAAUGCAUAAUCUUACUGGGAGUUACAUUCUGUUAUGCAAGAAAGUUGGGAAGCAGUGGGUCGGGAUAAUCUACUGUAAGAAGCAGACCACACAAUUCCAGCCUCAUCACUAUUUAACUUCCUUCCGCAGGGCCUGUAAGACAGAACUAUUCUGCCUGGCUUUCAAUUUGAACUUAGCCUGAUCUUUUAUUCCCCUUCCUUCCCUCCCCCUCCCCCUUUUUAUGAAGAUUACCCGCUCUGGGAUCCCACAGCUAAUUUUCCCCUGGUCUCCUCGCUGGUCCAAAUAGGACUAAUCUAGCCAGCUAGCCCUGGUGAUCAUCUAAUGUUUAUUGGAUGGAUUUUCCCCCUAAAUUGAUUUUUGAAUUCUGAAUUUAUUGUUAUUCACGUUUUAUACUGUAUUUUAUGCUGUUUUUUGUUGCAUCAAUUAAGUGUUUUAAAUUUGUUGUUAGCCGCCCUGAGCCCGGUUUUCUGAACCGGGAAGGGCGAGGUAUAAAUAAAAAAUUAUUAUUAUUAUUAUUAUUUAUUAUUAUUUGUCAUGAAACAUGCACAUCAUUUGGCAAUCUCAUGCUUUGUGUCAAGGGACCCUUCUGAGGUUGGAGGGUACCAUUCUAUUCUGCCUUGGUCAGACCACACCUGGACUAAUGUGUCCAAUUCUGGGCACUAUAAUUUAAGAAGGAUGUUGACAAGCUGGAAUGUGUGCAGAAGAGGACAACCAACAUCAAGGGCCUGGAAAAUGGACCUUAUGAGGAGUGCUUGAAGGAGCUGGAUAUGUUCAGCCUAGAAAAGAGGAGACUGAGAGGAGAUAUGAUAGCCAUCUUCAAAUAUCUUGACACUCUACACUCUAUUUUUCUGAUGGGCUUCUUGGAGCUCAUCUAAAUACAGUUUUUUCUUCUUUCUCCCCAAUAGGUGACUGGUUUCCAAAUGUUCUAAAUGAGGGUAGACUAGAGCGGUUUUUCUUCUUUUUGGCCUCACUAAUGAUGAUUAACACUUUAGGCUUCUGGACCAUCUCACACAGGUAAGUCCUUGCAUAUUCAGCACAUGAAAUCUUGACGCAUGGUCGGACCAGCCUGGACGGAAUGAAUAUUCACAUGUGACGCUGCAUUUUCAGACAGGGGCUUGAUAUCUCUCUUGGAGGGCCUUCCCCAAGUGAGAAGCCACUAGAAAGAGAGAGGGCCCUUUCAGUGGUGGCCCUUCCUGAUGUAAUGCCCUCUGCAGAAUUACCAGCAAAAGAAGAAUGGCAAAUGAAAUUAAUGGACUAUGCAGAGUUAGAUAAAUUAACAGGAAGGAUUCGAAACCUGCGGGAUCAGAGAUUCUUAGAGGACUGGAGCAAUAUUUGAAUUAUUUGAAAAGCAAUUGUGAUAAACAGAUUAAGCAAGUAGGACUGCAAGAAGUUCUGUAAGGAGGACUUUGUGAAAUAUUGCAAGGAAGACUUUCAAAGGAAUUAUUAGUUAAGGACAAUUAAAAGUAAUAGAGAAAUUAAGAAAUGCAGAACAAGUGAUAAAGAAUGGAAAAUCUUCAGAGGUUCUUGACAGAAGUCUAAAAUAUUGUGUAAGAUAAGAAGUUAAGUUAAAUGAUUGUUGGAACUGUGUGUGUGUGUGUGUGUGUGUGUGUGUGUGUGUGGAAUGCCCUCUGCAGAGAUGCUGGCCUGGGGCAUACAAUCCCGUCUUUUAGAUGCUUUUAGGUAAUUACAGUUACAAUCUAUUGAGUGCUUCAUGCACCAAACAUUGCCUUUGCUGCGAAGGAUGCUGGUUUUAGCUGCUGUGUUCUAGGUUGAUUUGGGGGUUUUCACAUGUGCUACAGUGAACAGGGAUGGGAAACAGAGCCAAAUAGUCCUGAAUACACAGCUGUAUCAGAUGGGCUUAAACAUUCCUUUCAAAAUAGGCUUAACACAAACAGAAAUAGGGACUUUCUUCGCAUACAGGUCCCCGAUAUCCCCAUCUUAGGUAACAGGUGAGCAGCUGUCAGUCACAAUCCUAAAAUGGUUAGACCUUUGGCUUGACUCUGCAUGAGGCAGUUCAACAUAUUGAAGGCCCUUCUUCGUGUGCCUCUUCCAUAAGAGGUCCAGAGGAUGGCAAAAUGAGAACGGGCCUUUUCUGCAGUGGCUCCUUUUUUGUGAAGUUUCUCUUCAACCAGGCCUUGGGCUGGUUGACAUCCAAUGCCCUUUUAAAUGUGUUGUGGGAGGGAGGAAUGUUGCUUUGUUCUUGUUUUUAUUGUGUGUUUGGUGUUUUUAUCUUGUCUUUUUAUGCUGUGAACUACUCUGAGAUCUUUGGAUGGAGGGUGGUAUACAAAUUUAAUACAGUGGUACCUCGGGUUAAGAACUUAAUUCAUUCUGGAGGUCCGUUCUUAACCUGAAACUGUUCUUAACCUGAGGUACCACCUUAGCUAAUGGGGCCUCCUGCUGCCGCUGUGCCGCCAGAGCAUGAUUUCUGUUCUCAUCCUGAAGCAAAGUUCUUAACCCAAGGUACUAUUUCUGGGUUAGCGGAGUCUGUAACCUGAAGUGUCUGUAACCUGAAGCGUAUGUAACCUGAGGUACCACUGUAAUAGUAAUCGUAAUCAUCAUCAUCAUCAUCACUCUUUCCCUUUUGGACUCUUGAAGGCAUUAAACACGGCUGGUAUAUCCAAACAGUAUUACAUUGCACUUCAAAUGUCUUUAUACAAUAGAAGCAGCCCAGAGUGGCUGAGACAACCCAGUCAGAUGGGCGGGGUACAAAUAAUAAAUCAUCAUCAUCAAAGGAGAUUUAAUUUAUUUUUGCUUUGCAGGUACACUAAUCUACAGCAGGACUACGACAAAGGAUACAGAGGGAGUCUUCUUCAAGAGCAACUUUUACAGCAUGAGAAAUCGCUUAUAUUUUAUGACAGCAUCCUGGAUUGCCCCUCUCCUUUGUCUCCCGUGGAGACUCUCCUGUGA